GGACUCAGUCCUCCUCUGGCUCCAUGGCGUACAGGGACUCAGUCCUCCUCUGGCUCCAUGGCGUACAGGGACUCAGUCCUCCUCUGGCUCCAUGGCGUACAGGGACUCAGUCCUCCUCUGGCUCCAUGGCGUACAGGGACUCAGUCCUCCUCUGGCUCCAUGGCGUACAGGGACUCAGUCCUCCUCUGGCUCCAUGGCGUACAGGGACUCAGUCCUCCUCUGGCUCCAUGGCGUACAGGGACUCAGUCCUCCUCUGGCUCCAUGGCGUACAGGGACUCAGUCCUCCUCUGGCUCCAUGGCGUACAGGGACUCAGUCCUCCUCUGGCUCCAUGGCGUACAGGGACUCAGUCCUCCUCUGGCUCCAUGGCGUACAGGGACUCAGUCCUCCUCUGGCUCCAUGGCGUACAGGGACUCAGUCCUCCUCUGGCUCCAUGGCGUACAGGGACUCCUCUGGCUCCAUGGCGUACAGGGACUGUACAUGGAUCAUGGUCUCUCUGCCAGCCAACUGCAGCAGUGUCCUGCCAAAACCCCUGAAACAGUUGAAGCAUUAAAAACAUUCCUCACUGCACAGGGCUCAUGGUCUCUGUUCUCUCUGUUCUGUUCAACAAAGCACAUUCCCUGGUGAAGCUUUUCCCCAGAGUUUGGUUCAGUUGACUUACUCUGGCCCAGUAUUGGAGUGGAAGGCUGGGGUUGAGUUUGGUUCAGUUGACUUACUCUGGCCCAGUAUUGGAGUGGAAGGCUGGGGUUGAGUUUGGUUCAGUUGACUUACUCUGGCCCAGUAUUGGAGUGGAAGGCUGGGGUUGAGUUUGGUUCAGUUGACUUACUCUGGCCCAGUAUUGGAGUGGAAGGCUGGGGUUGAGUUUGGUUCAGUUGACUUACUCUGGCCCAGUAUUGGAGUGGAAGGCUGGGGUUCAGUUUGGUUCAGUUGACUUACUCUGGCCCAGUAUUGGUGGAAGGCUGGGUUGAGUUUGGUUCAGUUGACUUACUCUGGCCCAGUAUUGGAGUGGAAGGCUGGGGUUGCCAGUGGUAUGAUUUAGGGAGGGAGAUAUGUGUGUGUACAGUAUCACGACUGUUGCAAAUUCUGACAAUUUAAUGCAUUGCUGUUGGACUUCUCCCCACACUGUAAAAAAUUUGACUCUCCCCAAACGCAAUGGCAUUAAAACAGGAUCGUAGAUCGCAGCUCUUCUCUCACUAAAACUAUAGGCCUAUGUUUCUUAUCAUGUAACACAGAUGUGUUGCCUUGAUAGUUAACAUAUCUCUCAGCCUGCGUUAUUAAAUGUGUUCAUCAGAUGUGUUAACUGUGUUGGCUCUGUUUACACUGCAAUGCAGAACAAACUGAUGGAUAAUACUGGAAGGACUUCCGGCUCCUCUUCAUCUUGUUGUAUUGUUUCUAUUAUCAUAUGCAUAUGGCACAGGGGGAGUUCUAUAAUCUAGGGGCAGGGGGAGUUCUAUAAUCUAGGGACAGGAGGAGUUCUAGAAUCUAGGGCCAGGGGGAGUUCUAGAAUCUAGGGACAGGGGGAGUUCUAGAAUCUAGGGACAGGGAGAGUUCUAGAAUCUAGGGACAGGGGGAGUUCUAGAAUCUAGGGACAGGGGGAGUUCUAGAAUCUAGGGACAGGGGGAGUUCUAGAACUAGGGCCAGGGUAGUUCUAGAAUCUAGGGCCAGGGGGAGUGCUAGAAUUUAGGACCAGGGUGAGUUCUAGAAUCUAGGGCCAGGGGGAGUUCUAGAAUCUACAGUAGGGGAAACAUUCACAGUAAUGACUUAUGAUUCACUCUGGUUGCAUCCCAAAUACAACAGUAGCUAAGAUGGGGAGAAGUCUGUCCAUAAUAAAGCGCUGCUCUGCCUUCUUAACAACACUAUCAACAAGGCAGGUCCUACAGGCCCUAGUUUUGUCGCACAUAGACUACUGUUCAGUGGUGUGGUCAGAUGCCACAAAGAGGGACUUAGGAAAAUUACAAUUGGCUCAGAACAGGGCAGCACGGCUGGCCCUUAAAAGUACACGGAGAGCUAACAUUAAUGAUAUGCAUGUCAAUCUCUCAUGGCUCAAAGUGGAAGAGAGAUUGACUUCAUCACUACUUGUUUUUGUAAGAAGUGUUGACAAGCUGAAUGUUCCGAGCUGUCUGUUUAAACUACUAGCACACAGCUCGGAUACCAAUUCAUACCCCACAAAACAUGCCACAAGAGGUCUCAUCACAAUCCCCAAGUCCAAAACAGACAAUGCGAGGCACACAGUACUACAUAGAGCCAUGACUACAUGGAACUCUAUUCUAUAUCAGGUAACUGAUGCAAGCAGUAGAAUCAGAUUUUAAAAACAGGUAAAAAUACACCUUAUGGAACAGCGGGGACUGUGAAGCAACACACACAAAGGUACAGACACACGCAUACGCACACAAGCGCUAGCACACGCACUCUACACACACGUACAUUGUAAUAUUGUUGUAUGGUGGUAUUAUACAUUUUGUAUUGUAGAUAUGUAGUGGUGUAAUAAUGUUAUAUGAUGUACUGUUUUAUCUUUUGUUUUAUAUGUAAUGUAAGUGCUUUAAUGUGUUUGGACCCCAGGAAGAGUAGCUGCUGCCUUGGCAGCAUCUAAUGGGGAUCCAUAAUAAAUACAAAUACAAAUGCCAACAUAUUCCCUUUUUAGUCCAGUACUUUUGACCAUAGGGCUCUGGCAAAAACGAGUGCACUAUAUAGCAAAUAGGGUGGCAUUUGGGACAUUUGUUCUUCAGCAGCUCAUGAAUAAAGGCACAACAAUAAUGGUACAACGUGUGUAUAUGUGUUUUCCAAUAUCCUGAUUAUUUUUUAUUUUUUUAUUUAUUUCACCUUUAUUUAACCAGGUAAGCCAGUUGAGAACAAGUUCUCAUUUACAACUGCGACCUGGCCAAGAUAAAGCAAAGCAGUGCGAUUAAAAACAACAACACAGAGUUACAUAUGGGGUAAAACAAAACAAAGUAGGAGUCGAGGACACUUAUCUCCUGUUACUCAUGCAUACAAUUCAAAUGUGUUUUUAGUAAACACUCAUCUAAACUUGGCUAAAACAUCUCUGCAAAUCACUGCAUUCCUACGUUUCUGUUUAAAUACAGAAUCAAAUCGGUGAUAUUUUUCCAUAAGGAUAAAGAUGGAUUGUUGCAAUUCAAAUGUACCUGUGUGUUAGACAUCAGGGGUCGUACUGUAUGUAUCAAGUACGCCAGAGUAGGAUCAGCUCCCCCCCUGUCCAAUGACAUUCAUUGUGAUCUAAAAGGGUCCUGGGUGGUGCAGCGGUCAAAAGCACUGCACUGCAGUGCUGAGGCGCCACUACAGCCUGGGGUUCGAAGUCUACGCCCCUUCGUCUGUGAUUGGUCAACAGUACUACUCCUAGUAGGAGUGGGAACAUGAAGUGUUGUCAGUCAACGAGAGGCAACUAGUUUUCAAUCUAAUUCUUUCACUUGAGAAAUACUUCACCAAACAUCUUAGUUAGAUGUCAAAUUAAGCGACUAAGACCUCCUCUACAACAACGUCAAAAUGAUUGACAGAUUUCUUGAUUUAUCUUAGAUCAAUUCAAACUAUUAUAAGGAAGUGUUUCUGGCUAUGUUGUUGCUGCGGUGGCUCAAGAGGGAAAACAACAGUAAUAUUGGCGCUUUUUUCAAGCGAAGGUCUUUAGGGAGUGUGCGAGCACGGACGGUCACUUCGCCUAGCCAAGUUCUGCUAGGAACAAACUGAACCUAUGUAUGCGGACACCUUUACAACAUACUGUUUCUCCCGAGAAGAAGUAGUCUCACCAGAACAUUUUCAUUUCGUAACAAUUUAGGGCAAGUACAGUAGAGUUUUGUAAUGCUAUUGAGUUGGAUGGGUAAUCAGUUUUUCUGCCUUCACAAUGACGCGCUCAAAGGGAGGCUAAAUUAGGAUACUUCUUUAUUACUGUGUACAGUGGAGAGGUAGCACCCAGGGUGCACCAGUUUAUUGCGGCUUCGCGCCGAACACAAAGAGAAUGGUCCCCGAGAGGUUUCCAAUUAAAAUAUUAAAAUAAACAUACAGUCCUGUUACCUCGGGAAGUCCUUGCUUCAGUUUUAAGGUCACUGCUGUGGUAAUGAAGAAUAAUGAUGUACUUUUGUGUUGUUAUUAGCACAAUAAAUAAAAUAUAAAGCAUCUCAAUAUGCUCGUCGCUAAAGAGAGGAGGAGCAGUUGACAAAACAGUAAUUGUAUAAAGACACGUUUAUGAUCUAUUUUGCCGUGCUUUAGUACCUUCUAUAUGCUGACACUAGGCUUACUGGCUUCAGGGGGGUCCAUAAAGCUCUCAUGCAUUUUCUUUGGCCACCGUAUAUAACAGUACGCCUGUGAAAUUAUGUUAACACAAUGGUGUUAGCUUGUUUGUUAAUAUUUUUGUUUAGUUUCACACUUCAAUCCUCUCUCUCUCUCUCCUCUCUCUCUCUCUCUCCUCUCUCUCUCUCAGUGCUGUUCGGGCAGUUUGUCUUGUUCCAGACGUCACUCAACGAUGUUGUGGACAUUUAUGAUGGGCCUACGCAGCAGUCUCCACUCCUGUCUUCUCUCUCUGGCUCCCACUCAGGUAAUACAAAGAGCAAGCAACACAACACAACGACAGACAUGUCAGCAGCAGAACGACAGACAUGUCAGCAGCAGAACGACAGACAUGUCAGCAGCAGAACGACAGACAUGUCAGCAGCAGAACGACAGACAUGUCAGCAGCAGAACGACAGACAUGUCAGCAGCAGAACGACAGACAUGCCAGCAGCAGAACGACAGACAUGUCAGCAGCAGAACGACAGACAUGUCAGCAGCAGCAGCAACUGAACUGAAGUUCCUGUUGUUCAGUUUUUCCUUUUGUCACAUGUGCUGCUGCUUGCUCUUUGAGGGGCUGGUUUAUUGUAAAAGCACUUUGUGACAACUGUAAAAAAGGGCUUUGUAGCCACAUCCGAAGGGCCAUGCAUUAGUCACACAUUCAACCCUAUUUUUCACUAUCACUUUAGUCUCCAGCACCACUCUGUAUCAAAAUCCCAGUACACCACAUUCACGUUCCAUAAAAAUCUCAAAUGAACUGUGAGAACCCCGAGCUACACAAAGAGAAAGACAGAUCCCUAUGAUGGUUCCACACACUUCCCCCAGCCUACGUUUCCCCCACAUUUACUGUACUUAUAGUUAUUAUAUUUAUCAAAAGCAUCUGUUCCCUUGGGUCCAUACCCUCACUUAUGCUGAGCUGUUGAGCCUUGCGUGCAUGCGUGCGUGUGUGUGUGUGUGUGUGUGUGUAGUGUGCGCAGGCCUGCAUGUGUGUGCGCAUGUGUGUGUAUAUUACGGAUGGAAAAUGACAUGGUUGCGGACCAGUGUGUACCAUGUAAUCAGCAACACUUGACCAUAUGCUCUUGACAAAGAGGUAAGUGCUGAUACAAGGCUGUACAUUUCCCCCGUGGAUAAGACCACGACAGUGCCAGAGAAACUGAGAAGAAGAAGAAGAAGAAGAAGAAGAAGAAGAAGAAGAAGAAGAAGAAGAAGAAGAAGAAAGAAGAAGAAGAAGAAGAAGAAGAAGAAGAAGAAGAAGAAGAAGAAGAAGAAGAAGGAUGAAAGGGCCUCUGGUUUGACUGGAGUUGGGGUUUGACUGGAGUUGGCAAUCAAUAAGAUGCCUCCUAUCAAAGCAAAGCCCUUCUUAAUGUCUUGUUCAGAUAUAACAUUGAACCAGCAGCUGAUUGGUUAACAAUGCCAGAUUGGAGAUCAAAGCGAUUGAUUAAUCCAAUGGACUCUGAUACCUUGAUCUGUGACUGGGUCGGAUCAUCAGUUGUUGGACAGCCAACCUACAGAUGUGCUAUCUUAAUUUGAUCACUCUUUUGUCGCAGAGAUUUUUCCUGCUCAGCAGGAAAUGCAAUUGUAGUGUAUUCGAGGUUUAAAAGGAUUCUAAAGUUUGUAAUUUCCACUUUAAAAUGUCAAACUUGAUUUAUCCUAACUAAAAGUGUAUCAACCCAUACAAAACUGUCCAUUAAUUAUAAUCCACAUAAUAAUUACAAUUUCUUGUUUCUGCAGUAUUAUUUUCCUGCUGUGAGAAACUGGUAAAAUUAAGAUUUCACAUCUGUACACAUUAAUCAGAAGAAUAACCUCAGUUUCGUCCUGUGAAAUGUUUGUGUUCGGUGGAGUUGUAAAUUGUGUUUGAUUGAUCAUUGACAUCUGUAAUUUCUUUCUUUCUUUCUUCAGGAGAAUCUCUACCCUUGAGCACGGGCAACCAGAUAACCAUCAAGUUCAGCACGGUCGGCCCGGAGACGUCUAAGGGCUUUCACUUUGUCUAUCAAGGUUGGUCUUCCAUAAUCUUUCAUUGACUAUAGAUUAUUCCUGGGUACGGUGUCCAUAUUAGGACAUCCUUGUGACUCUUAGGCUGUCCUAAUAUGGACACAGUGCAUAUGAAAGCAAGCCCUUUUUGUCUACCAGGGUUGGUUAUUUUAGAUCUGUGAUGACAUUAUUCAUGUGUAGUAGCAAUUCACUUUCAUCCAACCCCAGUCAAGCCAGAGGCAUGGAAUGAGUUUAGUUGUGCAUGUAAAGAUACUCUCCUGUAUGUAUUCAAAAUGACUGUAUAGAAACAUUAGGAUCCUUUGAAUACAGUAGCUCCACUUGAAAUAAAAAAUCUGAAAUGUGCGACUCUGACAGGCAUUGAGUUAAACUGAGCUUUUAUUAAGAUUUCCUUACAGAAUGCCCUCAAGAGUAGUGUGUGUCUAUGAGAGAAGAUUAUUUUUUAGACGUCUGACAUUUAGAAACAUCACACGCUUCCAUAGAGUACAUACAUUCAUCAGGAGUGUGCCGAAGCCAGAGGGGUGCAUUUGUAUUUUUCUGUCAGCUAGCUAUCUGUUGAUGACGUUGCGGGGGCCCAAAACAUUGUCUGUUCAGCACUAUCACAGGCACAGAGAUGCCCUGCUUAGCAAGAUGCUUCACACAUCCCCAAAAUGCUUAGACUGAUCAAGCUUCUUAUAGCUUUAGCAAAUUGUACACAUUUUCCACAUUUCCCCUCCCUUGAAAUCUCCUCAGAGGAUGUCAGCGUCCGAACUGGCACCCUAUUCCCUACAUAGUGGACUACUGAUCAAAAAGUAUUACAAUAUAUAGGGAAUAGGGUCCCAUUUGGGACGUAGCUUAACACCCAGCAGCAGCAUCCUCCAGUGUAGAAGACUCAUGCCCCCCUGACGUAUGCUUAGCCUAGCUCCUAGAUGGAUUCCUACAACACACUCCAGGCGCUGCCUGCCUCCCGGCUGUAUUCUCUAUUACACAUGCUUUAGCUUUUAAAAUGCUAGCUAGUCUCGAGUCAUUUUUGGACCUUGUUCGUGCAAGCAAGGCUUGCUAACUUAAAUCCCACUCACUUAACUCAGUGCAAUUGUUAUGGUCAAAAUUGAAUCCCUAUUUCAAUAUGUCAGUUUCUGUUUGAAGAGAACACCACCAGACUUUUACACUAAAGCCAGAUUCAGUCAGACGGUUCUUGUUUAUGUGAUAACCCUAACCCUGCCUUCAGUAUUCAAGUGUGGGAGCUUUCAUGGGAGGUUGAUCAAGGUAACAGAUACCCACUCUCCUCCCCUCUUACAGCGCCUAAGUGCACCAUGGUGGUGGUCUGUGUUAGGGCAUCUCCGACGUGGUUUUGCAUUGAUGUUGUAUCUCUUCUCAGAACCCAUUAUCAAAUGUCGCGCUAGCUAGCUAUAGCUGGAAGUCUGUCACCAGAGAGUGGGUAUAUGUCAUUUGAUGUUUUUUCUCCCUCUUCUUCUUCUUCUUCUUCUUCUUCUUCUUCUUCUUCUUCUUCUUCUUCUUCUUAUUUCUCCAUUGCUUUACUGACACCUCCUAUCCCUCCACAGCUGUCCCAAGGACCAGUGCCACCCAGUGCAGUUCGGUCCCCGAGCCCCGCUUUGGCAAACGGAUCGGGAACGACUUCGCAAUGGGCGCCACGGUCCUGUUCGAGUGUAACCCCGGAUACAUCCUGCACGGUUCCACCGCCAUCCACUGUGAGACCGUCCCUGACACCCUGGCACAAUGGAACGACACGCUACCCACCUGUGUCGGUCAGUAUGAUUGACCCCCGAGCCAAUUGUCGGCUACCGUGAUUGGUUACCGUGUGUCAGAAACACCCCUGAGUGUUCUACCGUUCUCCCAAGCUUCAUCAACAUGCCGAUCGUCAUGGGCCGCCUCUUAAGUGAGGCAAAGUCAUUAACGUGGGAGCGUGAGUGUGCACAUGAAAGCAGACUGGGGGUCCCUCAGAAGGCCUUCCAUCCCACUAUUAACUGAAACAGGCAGAAUGUUUCCUCUUGGCUGUGCAUCCAGCCAGGUCUAAAGAGCGUGGUGAGGAGAGAGGGUAGAGAGAGAGAGAGAGAGAGGAAGAGAGGAGAGAGUGUCUCUAAUGAGAGUGCAGAUUUAAAGCAAGAGAUUACUCUCUCACUCUCUUUCCCGAUGAGUGCUCUGCCCAGUUUCUGAUUACAAUUACAGUAUGCCUAAUUGUCAGCAGAGCUGCAAUCUAUUCAUUAUGUAAAAACAGCUCAGAAAAUAGCCUUUAAAUUGUAAUGAUCUUCCAAUGUCUGCCUUUUCUCUCUUAAAGUGAUGUUUGGUUCUGGUUCUGGUUUUGAGCCAGAGUGACUUUCAUAUCACACUGCUUUUAAUAAGACAGGGAUUUUUUUUUUUUUCCCAGGUUUUUUUGUGUCCAUGGUGGGUUAGGCAGAGUGCAUGCCUGUCUGAUGGGAGGGUAGUAAAGUAUAUCUAAUCUGUGCUAACUCCCUGCUCCUCACUGGCAGAGACAGAAUGACAUGAUGUUAUUUCCUGUCAAGCCCAUCCAAAGCCCUGCUCCAAAACAAAGCAGGGUGACACAGAAUACAGUAGUUUGUAAACAGGAUUUGACCACAGCUGUAACCUGCUCUUACCCGUUGAUGUGAAGGGCCACUAUCUAGCUGUCUUUGAAUGAAGGGCCACUAUCUAGCUAUGUGGAGGUGAAGGGCUUCUAGGGUUUUUUUUUUUCUGUUUUUCGCUCGCAGGCCAUAGGAUUUUCUCUGUGAUUACCUGAGCACUAUGACUGCAUUUUAUAUAUCAUCUGUAAAAUAUGGAUGAGUUGAAAUUGCCCUGAAGUGAGUUAGUUGAAUAAUUUAAGCAUCUGACACAGAUAUAUUGCUCUCGCUCGCUGUUCUCAAUUGCCCUCUCUCUCUCCCCUCUCUUUCAAUCUCUCUCUCUCUUUCUUUCUACAUCUCUCCCUCCCAAUCGCUCUCUCUCUCUCGUUCACUCUCAGUUUCUCCGAUCUGUCAGAGAUUUCUGCUGCCAUAUUAGACAGCCAUCAGUGUGUCCCGGUCUGCUCUUAGUUGUUUAUACAAAGUGAUUGGUGCUGACCUCCUAGUAUAUACUGUUAUCCUUCACAGAUAGCAUCACCGUCGGAUCUGACCAUCUGAGCAAGGGGAGGAAAUAAACACUGUUCUGGCAGCAUUAGAUACCAGCUUGUGCUACUGACAGCUCUCUACUCUCCCACCUCUUUCCCUCCUCACACGGUUUUGAAGACAAUACUUGGCAGGCCUUCAGCAAACAGGGGGAAAUUGCUUAACCUCUCUCUCUUGGGGGGGAAACGGGUAGAAUGUCACGUCUUUCACCGCAGAGGCAGACGUUUAUACGCCUCACUGUCCCUUUUUAAAUAAAGUUUAAUUGAAUCACAAGCACAUGGUGGUAAUGGGAUAUGUGUACGAGGCUGAUAAGAAUGAACAGGUAUGCCUCGAAGACAAUAGGCGUGGAAACUUGGACUGUGCCGAUAGCUCAACGUGAGGUAUUACAUUACUUUAGGCCUGCUUACUCGUUCUGCAUUCACUGUCUGUCGCUGCAAAGAAUGUCUUUAUCGAAGAUUUGAUUAACCCUUCCUUGUCCAACAUGUGUUUAGUCUGUGUAAGUCAAACAAUCUCCUAUUGGGUGAGGCCUCACUGAAGCUUCACUAUUAAAUCAGACAUCUAUAGUGAUAUCUCUGUCUGUAGACGGGUUGGUUGUUUAGCAACAAAACCAAUGCUAGCGCAACUGUGGGGCAAAACAGGUUGGCUUAGAUUGUUGACAACAUGUCAACUAUAUUUAAUCUCCCAUGUUUAUUGAAAACAAAUACAUUUGCACUUGUUGUCUCUCAAAUACAUUGUUACAGUUGUUGGUUAGCUAGCUAGUGAAUUUUUGCCAUGUUAGCAUAGGAUUGACCAGUCAAAAGACCUAAAAACAAGACAUGGUAUCAAGAACAAAAUUAAACUAGUUGAAACGAGCCACCUACGAUUUCCCACAUGGCAACUUCUUGUUACUGUUGCUAGCUAUCUGGCCAUCCAAAAUCACAACAACACACGGCCUUCUGCCACAUUGAAGAGUGUGCAUUGUUUUCUUGACGUUGUCAUCUAACCCGUCAAUAGUGAGGAAACCAGGGCCCGUAUUCAGAAAGUGUCUCAGAUUAGCAGCGCUGAAUCUGAAUAAUAACAACAUGAAAACUGUAAAUGUGCAGACACCUGUACAGCAUACAGUGCCUUCGGAAAGUAUUCAGACCCCUUGACUUUUUCCACAUUUUGUUAGGUUACAGGCUGGUAUGAUGUUUUUAUGGUAUAAUGAUGUCAUGCCAUAGUGUUGUGAGGACAGAGUUAGAGUUACUAGAUAAUUAGUCUGGUGCCAGGAAGUCUACAUUCCAUUAUGUCAAAGUAGAUUAGUGAUGGUCAGGGUAGUGUGAGUGAUGGUCAGGGUAGUGUGAGUGAUGGACAGGGUAGUGUGAGUACUAGUCAGGGUAGUGUGAGUGAUGGACAGGAUGUAGCAAUAAGGACAGAGACAGGGAGGCCUAUGAUUGGUUGCCAGAUGUAUGUGAAAGGAAUGAGAACCAACAGGCUAUAUAAAAUAGAGAGUCUUCUUUGUUAACUUAGUUCAACUGACGAAGGGCAAAGCCAUGUCCGUUGGUUAGAUGAACCCACGAGCUCGUGAUUCAAUAAAUACUUGGUAUGAAAUCUCCACAGAAUGUAUAAGUAUAUUCUUGCAUCCUUGAUUCUUUGAUACCUGAGAAACUCAUCAUAACACAGGCUUAUUCUAAAAUUGAUUAAAUUGUUUUUUUUCCUCAUCAAUCUAAACAAUGUACCCCAAAAUGACAAAGCAAAACAGGUUUUUAGAAAUAUUAUGUUUACAUAAGUAUUCAGACCCUUUACUCAGUACUUUGUUGAAGGAUCUUUGCCAGCGAUUUACAACCUUGAGUCUUCUUAGGUAUGACGCUACAAGCUUGGCACAGCUGUAUUUGGGGAGUUUCCCAUUCUUCUCUGCAGAUCCUCUCAAGCUCUGUCAGGUUGGAUGGGGAGCGUUCCUGCACAGCUAUUUACAGGUCUCUCCAGAGAUGUUCGAUCGGGUUCAAGUCCAGGCUCUGGCUGGGUCACUCAAGGACAAUCAGAGACUUGUCCCGAAGCCACCCCUGCGUUGUCUUGGCUGUGUGCUUAGGGUCGUUGUCCUGUUGGAAGGUGAACCUUCACCCCAGUCUGAGGUCCUGAGUGCUCUGGAGCAGGUUUUCAUCAAGGAUUUCUCUGUACUUUGCUCCGUUCAUCUUUGCCUCCCAGUCCCUGCCACUGAAAAACAUCCCCACAGCAUAAUAAUAUAAUAAUAAUAUGCCAUUUAGCAGACGCUUUUAUCCAAAGCGACUUACAGUCAUGCGUUGCAUACAUUUUUGUGUAUGGGUGGUCCCGGGGAUCGAACCCACUACCUUGGCGUUACAAGCGCCGUGCUCUACCAGCUGAGCUACAGAGGACCAUGAUGCUGCCACCAUCAUGCUUCACCGUAGGGAUGGUGCCAGGUUUCCUCCAAACGUGAAGCUUGGCAUUCAGGCCCAAGAGUUCAAUCUUGGUUUCAUCAGACCAGAGAAUCUUGUUUCUCAUGGUCUGAGAGUCUUCAGGUGCCUUUUGGCAAACUCCAAGCGGGCUGUCAUGUGCCUUUUACUGAGGAAUGGCUUCAAUCUGGCAACUCUACCAUAAAGGCCUGAUUGGUGGAGUGCUGCAAAGAUGGUUGUCCUUCUGGAAGGUUAUCCCAUCUCCACAGAGGAACUAGAGCUCUGUCAGAGUGACCAUCGGGUUCUUGGUCACCUCCCUGACCAGGGCCCUUCUCCCCCAAUUGCUCAGUUUGGCCGGCCGGCCAGCUCUAGGAAGAGUCUUGGUGGUUCCAAACUUCUUCCUUUUAAGAAUGAUGGUGGUCACUGUGUUCUUGGUGACCUUCAAUGCUGCAGAAAUGUUUUGGUACCCUUCCCCAAGCCUGUCUCGGAGCUCAACGGACAAUUCCUUCGACCUCAUGGCUUGGUUUUUGCUCUGACAUGCACUGUCAACUGUGGGACCUUAUAUAGACAGGUGUGUGCCUUUCCAAAUCAUGUCCAAUACAUUUUAUUUACCACAGGUGGACUCCAAUCAAGUUGUAGAAACAUCUCAAGGAUGAUUACAUUUACAUUUUACAUUUUAGUCAUUUAGCAGAUGCUCUUAUCCAGAGCGAGUGCAUACAUUUUUUGUAUAUAUAUUUUUUUCAUACUGAUCAAUGGAAACAGGAUGCAUCUGAGCUCAAUUUCAAGUCUCAUAGGAAAGGGUCUGAAUACUUAUGUGAAUAAGGUAUUUCAGUUUUUUAUUUUUAAUACAUUUGCAAACAUUUCUAAAAACCUGUUUUCGCUUUGUCAUUAUGGGGUAUUGUGUGUAGAUUGCUGAGGAUUUAUUUGUAUUUAAUCCAUUUUAUAAUAAGGCUUGCAACGUAACAAAAUGUGGAAAAAGUCAAGGGGUCUGAAUACUUUCCCGAAGGCACUGUACAUAAUACAACAUACAUGUGGCUGUGUUAACGUACGUCCCCUCUCUGUUUGACUUUGUCUCCUCAGUGCCGUGUGGAGGAACCAUGACGGCACGCAGGGGGACCAUCCUGUCCCCCGGUUACCCCGAGCCGUAUGACAACAAUCAGAACUGUGUCUGGAAGGUUUCGGUGCCUGAGGGCGCUGGCAUCCAAGUAAGAGACCCUGUUCUGUUUCAGUUUGAAGUACCAUGGAAGAAUUUAGAUGUUUGCAAUUUCAGAGUAUCGCCAUGCGGUACCAGAAGUUAAACCUGAAUAAAGGGAAUACUUAAUAGCUUACUUAUUAUUUAAAGUGUAGAUGUUUAAUGUAAGUAUGCGCUGUGUUUUGGACCUGAAGUCUCGUCUUUGUCUUUCCAUCUAAUAUUAUUUACAGUACUACGGUGUUAAUUUACUGAGUUGGAGCAUUUAAUAGGUUUUCAAGUGGUGACGAAUUGUCUGGGAGUUGUCUUUCUCUGUCUCAUACCGUUUUCACAAACUGAGCCGAACCGAAUCGAGCUGAGCCGUACAGUACUGCGCUGGCCUGCUUACACAUCUGACAUAGUGGCUUGAACAGUGCUGGAAAGGACCAUGUGAAAGGACAGUAUGCAAGCCAGUAUAGUACUGUGUGAAUCAGGCAUUAGUGAGUACAGUUUGGGUCGGGUCGUUAGUGUGAAAAGGGUUUGACUCCUAACUCCUUGCCUCAGAUCCAGGUAGUGAGCUUUGCUUCCGAACACAACUGGGACUCUCUGGACUUCUAUGAUGGAGGUGACAACCAUGCGCCGAGACUGGGCAGCUACUCAGGUAAUCUUUAGCUCCUGGAUCAAUAACGACCACUUGUGGGGCCUUCACUUAUUUGUGAUAAUAUCUGUUGUGUCAUCCUGAUUUGGUCAUCAAUUAUGUUUCAUGGAAACAUUUUCCAGCUAGCUAUAAUCUCAUAACACGGAAAUCCCUUUCCGAGAUCAUUAUAAUAAUUGGCCCAAGGCAACAGUAAACAUGUAUUCCCCUAUGAACUAUGCAGUGCCUCCCCUUGGGCCAAUUGAGAUUUCAGUGGACAGUAAUUAGGAAGUCCCACUGGGUAUCUGAGUCCCCUGCUAAGGCUUGAAUGACAGGGCCAUGCCACGCUGUGGAGUUCUGAGCUGGUCCAUAUAGAUAGAGAUGCUGACUUGCUCCAACACUCAUACAAUCUAUAGAAAGGUUUCAGAGGUUGGAACAAUAGGGUGUUAGAGAGGGAAUGAGCUCGAUAUCAGGAGGACACUUAGGAGAAUGGAGGCAGGAGGACAGACACAGUAUCUGUCAUGAUUACAGCUGUCCAAGUGCUGUAACUACCUGAGGAGAAGACUGUUUAUGCCUUCAUGUAACACUUGCUAGUGUUAACACUUGCUAGUGUUUGGAUAGUUCACCCCCCCCCCAAAAAAAAAGACAUGGUUUCCUUAUUCUGUAAACUGUCAAAUCAAAAUCAAAUCAAAUUGUAUUGGUUGCGUACACAUAUUUAGCAGAUGUUAUUGCUGGUGUAGUAAUAGCAGUGCAAUAAUAUCUAACAAUACACAACAAUACAUACAAAUCUAAAAAGUAAAUGAAUGGAAUUUAUAAAUAUUAAGACGCAACAUGUAAAGUAUUGGUCCCAUGUUUCAUGAGCUGAUAUAAAAUAUCCCAGACAUUUUCCAUACACACAAAAAGCUUAUUUCUCUCAAAUGUUGUGCACAAAUUUGUUUACAUCCCUGUUAGUGAGCAUUUCUCCUUUGCCAAGAUAAUCCAUCCACCUGACAGGUGUGGCAUAUCAAGUAGCUGAUGUAACAGCAUGAUCAUUACACAGGUGCACCUUGUGCUGGGGACAAUAAAAGGCCACUCUAAAAUGUGCAGUUUUGUCACCCAACACAAUGCCACAGACGUCUCAAGUUUUGAGGGAGCGUGCAAUUGGCAUGCUGACUGCAGGAAUGUCCACCAGAGCUGUUGCCAGAUAAUUAAAUGUUCCAACGUUGUUUUAAAGAAUUUGGCUAUACAUCCAACCAGCCUCACAACCGCAGACCACGUGUAUCCCAUGCUUUGGUUUUGUUUGCCUUUGCCACUGUCUCCAGUCCAAAACUAAUGGAAGUCAAUAUGCCUGAUAUUAGCAUUUUUCGCAUGUCCAUGUCCAGCACAUUACCAGAGAGGGUAUUGUCUGAAGGGUAUAAAACACAAGCAAAAAGGAUGAUUCACAAAUCAACCACCUGUUGUUAACCACUAAUUGAUCGAUUUCCCACAAUUAUUUCUCUUUGUGGGAAAAUGUGUAUUUAUAUAAAGACAACAGGUUAAUUGGUAACUCUUGUCUCAUGCUCUUUCUCUCUGUCUUCCAAGGCACCACCAUUCCCCAGUUGCUCAACAGCACAUCCAAUAACCUGUACCUGAGUUUCAGUUCAGACAUCAGUGUGUCUGCUGCUGGCUUCCAUCUGGAGUACACAGGUAUGUCUGUCAGUAGAUGGCUUUAUGAUAUGUGUGCGUGUGUAUGCGUGCGUUGUAACGGUUUUGACUUGAGGCAUUUAUAGGGGUGCCAGGUAGGUUGUGCCUACCAGAGAAAGCAUAGGUUUCUCCUUUUAGUUCGGGAGGGAAUGAGUCCCAUCUGGUCCGUCAAGUCACACCAAUACAAAGGACUUAUGUAAAAGUCAAGAUGGAAAUAUACUUUUCAUAAACCCCUAAAAACCUUGGAAAGAACUUCAAACAAGUGUAUUCCUUUGCUUGGUUGUAUUCACAACAUAAAUGAUCACACCCACCCACACACAACAAUAUAACAAAUCAAUGCACUUAUGUUCAUUUAGAAAUGUCCUGUACCUCGGGCAUAAAAAGAGUCCAGCCCGGUAAAUAAGUUCCGUGGCUCAAGUGCCCUUAGUCCCGCAACGCUUGUCCGUAGCAUAAACCCAGUAUAUUCAUACCCUCAAAAUAACACUUAUUUUGUAACACAACUAUAAAGCGUAUCAAAGACUACCCAAAGAAUAAUACGUCCUCACAACUACAUAAAUCACAGUAUACAUCACCCCCAAACAAAGGAAAUACCGUAUACAAAAAGUUGUAGUCAGUCGGUCAGUCAGACAAUCCGCCAACAGCCCUCCAGCGGAGGAAAGGCCACGAAAACCAACGGAGAGUUGUAGUCCACAGCGCACAGAGUGGAUCCAAUCCUGGGUAAACUCGCUUUAAGGCCACAAAACACACUGUAAGGCAACCAAACAAACGUCAUGGCGAAGCUUCAUGAACUGAAGGUAGUACACAUCCUCCUUCAGGUCUCAAUCACAACUUCUCUUUUGCGCAGCUGAUGCUGGCUAUUUAAUGGGGAAUUAAAGGGGAAGCGCCCUAUUAGAAGGAGAAGCCUUGAGACGGUUCAGAAAUAUUCAGGGCCGUCACACACCCCCUCCCCUGGAAAAAGCCGACCAUUGCCCGGGAAGGCAGAUCUUGGUCGGGGAAACCGAGAAAGGUCUCCUCAUCACUUUCCUCUACAAAAAUAUUCAUUACUUUUUGGCGCUCACGCUCCUCAGCUGAGGGGUCACAGGCAUUAAGCCGUGAGACUUCUGGGUCUGGGAAUCCGAGAAAAGUCUCCUUACUUUCCUCUUCAAAGAUCUCCAGGACCUUGCGGCGCUCAAUCUCCUCCAAUUCCUCAGCCGAGGGGUAACAGGCCUUAAGGCGUGAGACAUGGACAACGCGCAUAUCUUCACCUGUGUCCUCUUUCACCACUCGGUAGUUCAAAGGGCCCACCUGCUCCACAAUCCUAUAUGGUCCUUGCCAUUUAGGAGCGAGCUUGGCCGAGAAGAAUUGUUCAGCUUUCGAGUAAGGAUGAGAGCGAAGCCACACCCGAUCACGAAGCUGGAACUGCAGGUCUCGUCUGUUCUUAUCAUAAUUUCUCUUCUGCUUGAGUCGAGCCUGGAUCAUGUUCCUUGAGACAAGAGCUCUCAAGUCGUGGAGAUGGACUACCUGGUCAUAGCAAGCAGCGUCUGGAGUAAGCUGCUGGGGCUGUAGCACCAUAUCCAAGGGUCCUCGGAGGAGACGACUUAGGUUCAGCUCUGCAGGUGUGACUCCAGUGGACUCUUGCACAGCAGAAUUCAGGGCAAAUCGAAACUCGUGAAGGUGCUUGUCCCAGUGUUUGUGCUGGGUCCCUACAUAGGAAGCAACCAUGGUCUUCAAGGUUCGAUUUACUCUCUCAGUGAGGUUGGUCUGUGGGUGAUAGGCUGUGGUCAACUUCUGUCUCAGGUUCCAUCUUUGGCAGGUCUCUCCAAAGAGAUCAGAGACAAAUUGGGAACCUCGAUCAGACAGAAUGUAAUCAGGCACUCCCCAGCGAGUCAGGAUCUCUCUCGUAAGGAUGUUAGAGACGGUCCUCGCUGUGGCCUGACGCAGGGCAAAGAGCUCAACCCACUUGGAAUAGUAAUCAACAAAAACAAGCAUGUACACAUUCUGAUUGGAGCUUCUAGGAAAUGGACCCAUCAAAUCCACUCCUAACAUUUCCCAAGGUCGGGUAACCACAGUUUGCUGCAACUUGCCAGCAGGUUUUCUACCUUCUGGUUUGUACAUUUGACAAACCUGACAUUUUCGGAUAUGUGAUUUCACAUCCAUGCUCAGAUGUGGCCAGUACAGUAAUGCUUGCAAACGUUUGUAGGUUUUGAACCUGCCCAAAUGACCAGCUAAUGGGUCUUCAUGGAAAUGUUGAAGCAGUUGAAGGCGUAGAGUUUCAGGUAUGUAUAUUUGGUAGAGUAUUCUGUGAGGUAGUUGUACAACUCGGUAGACUUUGUCUUCAAUGAUGGUCAGCUUUGUGGUAGGGUUGACCAUCUUUUCUUCAUCUUCCAGGAUAGUCUGGUACAAAGCCUGUACUUCGGGAUCAUCCUGUUGGGCUUUCCAAAUGACCUCAUCAGAGAUGGGAAAGUCAGUUUUGGGUGAGUCUCGACUGCUAGACAGGACAGUAGCACAUGUAAGAUGAGGGCCACCAUUACCACAAGCAGGAGCUCUGGAUAAGGCAUCUGGAACAGUGUUGUAUUUUCCUUUCCUGUAUUCUACUGCAAAGGUGAACUCUUGCAACCGUAGAGCCCAUCUGAUGAGCCUGGUGCUUGGUUUGUUGGUCUUGAACACCCACACAAGGGAGGAAUGGUCAGUGACCACAGUGAAGUGUCUUCCCUCCAGGUAGUACCUCCACUUUUCCAAAGCCCAGACAACUGCAAGGCACUCUUGCUCGGUUGUGGAGUAGUUCCGUUCUGCUCCAUUCAAUGUCCGACUGGCGAACGCUAGCACUUCUUCAGUACCAAGUCCAGUCCGUUGGACUAGGACAGCACCAAGUCCAACAUCACUAGCAUCAGUGUAAACAACAAAAGGGAAAUCAAAGUUGGGAUGACCCAAAAUGGGAGGGGUGACGAGGUGUCGUUUCAGGGUUUCAAAGGAGUUCUGGCACUCUGCCGUCCAUCGGAAUUUCGCUCCUUUUCGCUUCAACCCGUUGAGGGGUUCGGCCACCUGGGAGAAGUUCCACACAAACCGAUGGUACCAUCCAGCCAUCCCAAGGAACCGUUGAAGGGCCUUGAGUGUGGUUGGCACAGGGAAGUCUUGUACAGCCUUGGUCUUUUCAGGAUCCACAUGAAUACCAUCACAAGACACAAUAUGGCCAAGGAACUUCAGGGAGGUUUGGCAGAAGUUGCUCUUCUUCAUGUUCACUGUCAGACCAGCUUCUCUUAGCUUGUCCAACACUGCUUGAAGGUCUUGAAAGUGUUGCUCUCUGUUCUGGGAGUAGAUAAUUAUAUCGUCCAGGUAGACGAAACAUAUCUUCCCUUUGAGCUCACCUAACGCAAUCUCCAUGAGUCUUUGGAAAGUGGCAGGUGCAUUCUUUAAUCCAAAAGGCAUCACCUUAAAGGAAAACAAGCCCUCAGCACAGACAAAAGCAGUCUUGUCCUUGCUUUCCUGGUCCAUCUCAACCUGCCAAUAGCCACUAUUGAGGUCAAGGGUAGUGAACACAACAGCGCCAGACAAUGACUCCAGGAUCUCGUGGAUGGUGGUAAGAGGAUAGGCAUCAGUCUGGGAAACAUUGUUGGUCUUCCUAUAGUCCACACAAAAUCUAAGACCACCGGUCUUUUUUGGAAUGAGGACAACAGGAGCAGCCCAGGGAGAGGAGGAACGUUCUAUUAUAUCUUGUGUCAACAUAUCAUUAAUGAGUCCCUUUUGGAUGAUUAGCUUCGCUGGGGACAAACGAUAUGGCUUUUGCUUGAUCGGCAUUUCCUGUGUAAGGAAUAUUUUGUGCUUCAGGAGUCCGGUGCGUCCUAACUUUGAAGUACACACAUCAGCAUUAUUCUGCAGCUGUUCCAACAGCCUUAACUCCUCUGGCUGUUCCAGCUGAGCUCUUCUUACAGCCUGUAAAAGGAGAUCCUCAGAAGGAUUAUCCAGGGUUAGUGGUACCGUAGCAACGGCAGAGAAGACUGCCACAUUUAGACCCCAAUCAUGUAACUUUGUAACUUCUGAUUGGAAGAAAUGCUUCUUGCUCGGAUUGUUUGGAAACCAGUAGCAAUUGUGUGCGAUAUCAAUCUGGACACCACUGAAGUACAUGAAAUCAAUUCCCAACACGACAGGAAAAGCAAGGUUCUUGUUUUGUAGGAUAACCGAAGGAAUCAUAUAGGAGCGGUUACACAGGCGGAACUCCCCCUCACUCCAUCCAAGUGGUCGUUUAGCCGCACCGUCAGCCAGAUACAGUGGACCUUCUGUCCACGGCUUCAAGUUGUAUUUUGGACCUUCAACCUCCUUCCACAGUUUCUCAUUGAGCAGUGUGUAGGAUGCCCCGGUGUCCAGGAUGGCUCUUCCUGUCCAUGGGCCUAUGGACAGGGGUAACACCAGCUGGUGUGGUAUUAACUGAAAGGAAGGGGAUGUCGGCGGGGGGGCGUAGGCAGUGACUCUUGAGGUUUCAGCUCUGGUCAAAGCACCCAGAGUAGGAUGGUCGUUCCUGCGAAGUGUGUUAGGGGUGUUGGCCUGUUGUAAUUUGUGGUUUCUGGAAGGGUUUACUUGAUACGGUCUUGGACAUGUAGCUGAAGAAUGUCCCUUUUGGCUACAUCUCCAACAGAACAUGGGAGGGGUCUUGGCUGGAGACUCUGGCUGUGGUUGAUGAUCUGGCUUGGGUAACUGUCUGGGUGUCUGUUUCUUUCUCUGUUCAUAUUGCUGUUGGCAUUCUCUGUCCUUCUCGAACUGCUGUCCCAGGCGAACCAGUCCAUCGACAGUGGUGACUCUUUCUCUGAGUUGACUGGCUAGUAGUGGGUUGAUGUUCUUCAAGAUCAACUUAAUGACCUCUUCCUCCUCAAUGCCAGGUUUCCACCUUCUGCACAGGGAGUGGUAACCGUAUGCAAAGUCACGAAUAUUCUCAUUCUCCCUUUGCACUCGAUUCCUGACUCUGUCUGCCAGCUCAUCUGUGUAGUCCUCAGACAGAAAUGCAGAGGAAAACUUGGCCUCAAAGUCAGCCCAGGAGGUAGUGGUGAGACGUGCCACAUCCCACCAGUCUCGAGCUGUCCCAUGCAACACAUUCCUCAAUGUGGCAAGGAGUUCUUCGUCAGCCAGGGGAUUGAGGGCAAGAAAGUCAUGACAUCUUUCCAGAUACAUUAGCGGAUCAGGACUGUCAUCCUUUCUCCCAAAGGUGGGAAAUUGCAAUUUAAUGGGCAUCGCUCCCACAUGACGUCUACUCAAAUCACCAUGAACAAAAGAGCUAGGAGGGAUUGAGGAAGUAGAGGGUGAGGGAGUUAUGGGACCAUGAAAAUGAACACCAGGAUGCAUGGUGGAUUGCAUCCUGCAAGGGGUGGCUGCAGCAUGGCCUUGUCUUGGCUGUUCUGAGGUGCCCGCUUGGCCCUCAGUGGUCUGAACAGAAGUGGACACAAGAGAAGCUCUGUGCAAGGAGUUGUGCCUAAUGGAGGCCAUGUCAACAGACACAUCAUCCAACAUUUUAACACAAUUAGAGAGCGCUGUCUGCAAGUGGUCUACAGUGUUAACCAGGGGAGAAAAUACAGAAUUGACGUCCUUGAGGACCUCAGUGUGAUGAUGUUGCAGGCGCCACUGGAGAGUGGCAGUGAGUUGGCUUUGUUGGUAGUCAAACUGCCUGUCCAUGGCACCAGUAAUUUCCUGUCUUCCACUCUCACUGAGCUCUGUCAGAGUGUGAGUUAGAGUACUCAGUGAGUUUCUGAAUUCCAUGGCACUCUGUUGUUGCUCUACACUCAGACAUUUGAAUUUAUGAUGGAUUAGAGUUUGGAGAUGUUGUUGAGUCUUACGAAUAUCAAGGAUGUCACCUUGAAGUUGUAAGACUACCACCUCUGGAGAUAAACCAGACAAUGGAGGAAGAUUGGGCGUCAGAGGGAGGGCUAGCUCAGUACCUUCACACAGAUCCAUGUCAAUAAGUGAGUUACUAGUUAGACCUGUGGCCUGUGGUCCAGACCGAGCAUUUAGAUUCCCAGGGCUCUGGCCCACAUCAACUCCAUUAUUUCCAUUCACAUUAUGAUUUGUAUUGUUGGCUCGGUAGUCAGAAUGGCCCUGUGUAUUCCCAUUGACAGGUAGGAUAUGGAUGAGCUCAUUUUCUUGUAGUGAAUCCAUUAUUUUAAUUCCACUCAAAAGAUUUGCUUUGGUUAGUUCUCAAUGUUGAGGUCCCUGUUCGGGUGCCAUUUUUUAUGUAACGGUUUUGACUUGAGGCAUUUAUAGGGGUGCCAGGUAGGUUGUGCCUACCAGAGAAAGCAUAGGUUUCUCCUUUUAGUUCGGGAGGGAAUGAGUCCCAUCUGGUCCGUCAAGUCACACCAAUACAAAGGACUUAUGUAAAAGUCAAGAUGGAAAUAUACUUUUCAUAAACCCCUAAAAACCUUGGAAAGAACUUCAAACAAGUGUAUUCCUUUGCUUGGUUGUAUUCACAACAUAAAUGAUCACACCCACCCACACACAACAAUAUAACAAAUCAAUGCACUUAUGUUCAUUUAGAAAUGUCCUGUACCUCGGGCAUAAAAAGAGUCCAGCCCGGUAAAUAAGUUCCGUGGCUCAAGUGCCCUUAGUCCCGCAACGCUUGUCCGUAGCAUAAACCCAGUAUAUUCAUACCCUCAAAAUAACACUUAUUUUGUAACACAACUAUAAAGCGUAUCAAAGACUACCCAAAGAAUAAUACGUCCUCACAACUACAUAAAUCACAGUAUACAUCACCCCCAAACAAAGGAAAUACCGUAUACAAAAAGUUGUAGUCAGUCGGUCAGUCAGACAAUCCGCCAACAGCCCUCCAGCGGAGGAAAGGCCACGAAAACCAACGGAGAGUUGUAGUCCACAGCGCACAGAGUGGAUCCAAUCCUGGGUAAACUCGCUUUAAGGCCACAAAACACACUGUAAGGCAACCAAACAAACGUCAUGGUGAAGCUUCAUGAACUGAAGGUAGUACACAUCCUCCUUCAGGUCUCAAUCACAACUUCUCUUUUGCGCAGCUGAUGCUGGCUAUUUAAUGGGGAAUUAAAGGGGAAGCGCCCUAUUAGAAGGAGAAGCCUUGAGACGGUUCAGAAAUAUUCAGGGCCGUCACAGCGUGCGUGUGUAUAUCACACUGUGGCAACAACUGACAUGUUGUGUAAAUUCUCUUUCACUCUCUCCACAGCCAUAGGUCUGGAGUCCUGUCCAGAGCCACAGACCCCCAACUAUGGCAUCAAGGUUGGAGACCGCUACAUGGUUGGAGACGUGGUUCUGUUUCAGUGUGAACAAGGCUACUCUCUGCAGGUAACAGAUCAUUCUCUCCAUCUCUAUAUAUCUAUCUCUAUCUAUCUCUAUCUAUAUCUCUCCAUCUCUAUAUCUAUCUCUAUCUAUAUCUCUCCAUCUCUAUAUCUCCAUCUCUAUAUCUAUCUAUCUCUCCAUCUCUAUAUCUAUCUCCAUCUAUCUCUAUCUAUAUCUCUAUAUCUUUCUCCAUCUAUCUAUCUCUAUAUCUCUAUAUCUUUCUCCAUCUAUCUAUCUCUCCAUCUCUAUAUCUUUCUCCAUCUAUCUCUAUCUAUAUCUCUAUAUCUUUCUCCAUCUAUCUAUCUCUAUAUCUCUAUAUUUUUCUCAAUAUCUCUAUAUAUCUAUAUUUUGCUCCAUAUCUCUAUCUAUCUAUAUCUCUAUAUUUUUCUCUGUCUGUCUGUCUGUCUGUCUGUCUGUCUGUCUGUCUGUCUGUCUGUCUACAUUUUCUCCAUAUAUCUAUCUAUAUCUCUAUAUUUUUCUCCAUAUAUCUAUUUAUCUCUAUCUAUUUCAUCUAGUAUCUCUGUCGGUUCAUCUUAGUAGCUUUUUUAAAUGUUGUUCAGUGUUCUACUGUUCUAAAGCAUUGAGUACUAGGGAAUAUGUGAUAUAACAACGUAAUGCUGUAUGUUUAUGAAUAACUAUUUUUCUUCACCAGGGUAAUGCCCAUAUAACCUGUAUGCCAGGACCAGUCCGGAGAUGGAACUACCCAGUCCCACUCUGUCUUGGUAUGUCGAUAACGUUACUGUGACAUUAGUAUGUCUAAACCUCUCAUAGAGAAUUGCAGAGAGUUUGGUUACUCUGUGAUGUAAAGGUGUGACUGUCAUAGAAGCUCGAUACCCAGCAUAAAUAGUAAAACUUUAAUAUGUUCAGAGUUGGCUGUUGGUCUCGGGGACAACUGUUGUCAGCUGUCAGCUGUAUAUCCUGAACAACCAAAGUCAAUAUUUUUAAUGAAAAAUGUCCCCAAAAUGAACUGCCAGGGCCCACAUCUAAAACAUAUAGCAAAAACGUUUUUUAGAAACGUUUUUGGGUAAAUAGUCCCCUGUAGCUCAGUUGGUAGAGCAUGGCGCUUGCAACGCCAGGGUUGUGGGUUUGUUUCCCACGGGGGGCCAGUAUGAAAAUGUAUGCACUAACUGUAAGUCGCUCUGGAUAAGGGCGUCUGCUAAAUGACUAAAAUGUAAAUAUAUUCUGUCCAUGUACGUUAACUCACUGAGACAGAUGAUGGAUCUUUAUCUAACAUAAUUAUUUUUUGGGACACACAAUAGUUGUAAAGAAGAGACAAUAACUUGGACUCUCUUAAGUGGUGAACAAAAAGAAUUCCACGUCUGUGGAGCCACAUUUUCUGAAAUAUCCCAAAACUUUGAGUUUUUGUACUUUUCCUUCUAAAAGCUCUCACACCAUAACGAAAGGUAGGGAGCACCUUUGUGCCUUUUAGCACACAAAAGGCUAUUCUUUUCACUUAAAGGUGAAUCACUCCACCAUUUCCUGGUUGCUAAAAUUCAAAUAGUGCUCCUAAUUUCAGUUUAUGUGACAAAACAAGCAAACCCUAGUGUAGAGAAUCACUGUACCAUCUAAACCGCUGUGAAAUAUCUGUUUGAAGCUGGUGUACAAAACCAAAAGUAAUAGACGCAAAAACUAAGCUGAAGAAAAGGAAGCAUAGAAAUAGUGCACAUAGAACAUACUGUAUCUACCACUUCUUAGACGUGCUUUCAAUGAGAACCACAGAUCUAUAACUAUAGGAAUAUGUCAAGUCACCCAUAAAGUUACAUAUUGCAGCUUUAACAAGGGCUGCGUUACCAUUCUCUUUAGGCUACUCUAUAUCCAGGAUCAGUGCUGAGGAUAACCGAUACCUCUCCUUCUGACUCAAUGAUAGGGAGCCUAUUUAACACAAAGGAUGCAACAAGACCUGGGGUAGAUAGAGUAUUCAUACAUUUUAACCGUUAGUGUGUCUGUCACGAUCACAGGAGCUGCUCCAUCCUGGCAAUCUGUAUCAUAGAUUCUUUUUUCUUCUUCUUUUUUUAUACAUAUUGCAGCUUAAGACUUACCUCACACUGGCUGAACCGCUGAGAGGGAAAGAGGCUAUGCUAGUACACUCUUAGAAAAAAGGCUUUCAAAGGGGUUCGUCGGCUGUCCCCGUAGGACAACCCUUUUUGGUUCCAGGUAGAACACUCUGUGGAAAGGGUUCUACAUGGAACUCAAAAGGGUUCUUCAAAGGGUUAUUCUAUGGGGACUGCCGAAGAACCCUUUUAGGUUCUAGAUAGCACCUUUUUUUCGAAGAGUGUAGUCCUAUAGGAGUGAGUUGAUCUGAAGCACUGAUGCUACAAUACACUGUUUUAAGGGAAUGCCCAUUUAAAGGCCUGUCAAUACUAAUGUACUAAUCCAUCCCAGCUGGUGGCCUCGAUACCCGUUCAUACUGUCUAGAGAUGUAAACCAAACCCUUCUGCUUUUAGAAGCUAUAGAUACAUAUAAGAACAUGACAUAAUUAAGUUUAAGAUUUUUGCUUCUGAUGGACUAAUGAAGUAGUUAUUUUAUUAUACUCUAGUCUAUUCUAAAAAAUGUAAUUCUAUUUUUAUUUCAUUCUAUUAUUUCAUUAUUUAACCUGUCUGAGUGGGAUUGUCUCCACAGCCCAGUGUGGUGGCUCCAUGACUGAUGUCAGCGGUGUCAUCCUGAGCCCUGGCUUCCCUGGAAACUACCCCAGUGGAUUAGACUGCACCUGGACUGUCAUACUACCCAUCGGCUUCGGUACAGGAACACACUGACAGUCAUUGUGGCCAAGAACGCACACACACACACACUGUCAAACUACCUAUUGGCUUUGGUACAUCAACUCGCUGCUGCCGUGGACAAGCCACAGUCACACAUUGUUACACAAAGAAGUGUAUGUCUUGUUUCAGUUAAAACACAGCUAGUGGGGAAGUGGCCCUAGUUAUAGCAGUGAAGUGUCAGACCCAUGUAUGUCAGGAGCUUUAGAGGGAAUGAUGCUUGAUUUAUAAGCCUAAAGAGCAGAGACAUUGAAACAGGGAAAGUGUAACACCAACAAUGAUGCAAAUGUUUAACCAGUCUUCCAGUCAACUGAGAACAGCAUCAUGGUUUACAAACAGUAGGCUAAAUACAUAGUAUACACUCUUAGAAAAAAGGGUUCCAGGUAGAACCCUUUUUGGUUCCAGAUAUAACUAUUUUGGGUUCCGUAUAGAACCCUCUGUGGAAAGGGUUCUACAUGGAACUCAAAAGGGUUCUUCAAAGGGUUAUCUUAUGGGGACAGCCGAAGAACCCUUUGAUGCUAAUGCACUAUGGUUCAAACGCUAAUGCACUAGGGUCCAAACGCUAAUGCACUAAGGUCCAAACGCUAAUGCACUAGGGUCCAAACGCUAAUGCACUAGGGUCCAAACGCUAAUGCACUAGGGUCCAAACGCUAAUGCACUAGGGUACAAACGCUAAUGCACUAGGGUCCAAACGCUAAUGCACUAGGGUUUUUGCAACUCUUCUAAUGUACCAAUGAGUUUACGCUCUCAGUCGACCAACCUUUAAUCUCUUGUGAUGUUUGUUGUGGUAGAGCUACAGUGUUCUGCUUCAGUGGGUUCUGGGAUUAACCCACCUGCUGAAGUAAUGGGUAGAUGAGUAAGAUGAUGGUAUAUUCUUCAUUACAGAAACUCAUGGACUGAUCAGUGUGUUUUUAAUCCACCUGUUGUUUAUUUCAGGAAUCCACCUGCAGUUCCUCAACUUCUCCACGGAGGCCAUCCAUGACUACCUGGAGAUUCGGAGUGGAACGCUGGAGACGGGCACGGUGAUUGACAGGUUCAGUGGACCACAGGUCCCCAAGUCCCUGUUCAGCACCACCCACCAGACUAGCCUCUUCUUCCACAGCGACUACUCCCAGAACAAGCCGGGUUUCCAGAUCACUUACCAGGGUGAGGCUAGAGUUAGUUUAUUUUAAAAAUAUAUCUUUUUUCCUGAUUUUAUUGAACAGAUAGAUAUAAAGAGGAUGACACUGGGAAAGAUAGAGGUUGUGUCAUGCCGAAACCGUAGACUACAGAGUUAGAUCAGUAGAAUGUGUGGGAGAGGAGAGAACUCAAAAAGGAUUUGUCGAGGGCCCUUGUGAUUUCACUCAACUCAAUUAAAUGUAAUUGUAUUUGUCAUAAUGUUGGUCUGGGCAAUCUCCUUCAGUAUCCUAGAUACGGUAUUUACAUGACACACAGUUUUAUCUAUGUAUUCGUUUUCAUGUUUGUGUCAUUUCCUUCAUAUGUAUUUUCAGUCAAUAUUUAUUUCAAUGAUCGACUACUUCCUGAUUUCCAGCCUAUCAGCUACAGAGCUGUCCCGACCCUCGUCCUUUUCGUAACGGCAUCGUGAUCGGCAGCGACUUCAGUGUGGGCCUCACUGUGUCCUUCGAGUGUCUGCCUGGCUACUCCCUCAUCGGGGAGGCUUCUCUCACCUGUCUGCACGGAAUCAGCCGCAACUGGAACCACCCGGUACCACGCUGUGAAGGUAACUAUGGAAAUAGGAUAUCUAUGGGAACUACUAGCAUAUAAAUGGAAUUGAUAGGAUCUGUAUGGUAACAGAUUGAUAUUGCACCUAGAGGGCAGCAGUGGGCGUUUCAUGGACCAUAACAUCUUGGACAUAACAUCCAAUACUACAACAGUUCCACUUAAUCUACUUCUACUCCAAUGGCAUCCACUGCAAUCACUAUUAGGCUACUGUAGUAUUACAACAUAUUACUAAGAAGUGGCCAUUACUAUGACUUUUACUGCUGUGUCUUUUUGCUCAAUCAGUGUAGCCUGGAAAGACCUCUAACUUGACCAUGUCUUCCCUCUCCUCUGUAACUAUGUGUGGGUGGUAACAUCACCUAACCCUCUCCUCUGUAACUCUGUAUGGGUGGUAACAUCCCCUAACCCUCUCCUCUGUAACUCUGUAUGGGUGGUAACAUCCCCUAACCCUCUCCUCUGUAACUCUGUGUGGGUGGUAACAUCACCUAACCCUCUCCCUCUGUAACUCUGUAUGGGUGGUAACAUCACCUAACCCUCUCCUCUGUAACUCUGUGUGGGUGGUAACAUCACCUAACCCUCUCCUCUGUAACUCUGUAUGGGUGGUAACAUCACCUAACCCUCUCCUCUGUAACUCUGUAUGGGUGGUAACAUCCCCUAACCCUCUCCUCUGUAACUAUGUGUGGGUGGUAACAUCACCUAACCCUCUCCUCCGUAACUCUGUAUGGGUGGUAACAUCACCUGACCACAUCUUCCCUCUUCUCCGUAGCGCUGUGUGGGGGUAACAUCACUUCCAUGAAUGGUACCAUCUACUCCCCCGGCCACCCCGAGGAGUACCCCAACUUCCAGGACUGUGUGUGGAGUGUGAGGGUUCCCCCUGGGAACGGGAUCUACAUCAACUUCACCGUGCUCAGCACUGAACCCAUCUACGACUACAUCACUGUAUGGUAAGAACCAAUUGACCUCUUAAUGAACAACUAUAGUGUUCGAUUACACUAUAAUAUAUACAUCACUUUCACCAUGGUCAGUACAGAACCUAACUGUGACUACAUCACUGUAUGGUACGAACCUGUAUGGGGCCCCGUGUAGCGCAGUUGGUAGAGCAUGGCGUUUGCAACUCCAGGGUUGUGGGUUCGAUUCCCACAGGGGGGCCAGUAUGAAAAAAUGUAUAAUGUAUGCACUCACUAACUGUAAGUCGCUCUGGAUAAGAGCGUCUGCUAAAUGACUAAAAUGUAAAAUGAACCUACAGUGCAUUCUGAAAGUAUUUAGACCUCUUGACUUUUUCAAAAAAAUUAUACGUUACAGCCAGUGGCGGUUCUAGACACAUUUUACUAGGGGGGCCAAGGAGGGGCCAGUGUUUAAUCAGGGGGGCACACAUAAAAAAACUGGCAACACAUGAUAUUCAAAGAUUAUAAACUUUAUUUUACUUUAAAAUCAUAUGACAUUUAUUAUAACACGUAUUUUGUACAAGAGUGCAGAUGCAAGAGAGAUAGUGCCAUAAAAAUGAAAAAAAAAUAAAAAAAUUUUUUUAAAAAAGUACAGGGUACAAAUACAGGGUUCAUAUUCAAUGUGAACAAAACUCCAGGAUACAACAAAGGGUACAACAAUGUGCCAUUUCCUAUUUAUGGAAGCCCCACUACUGUGGACAGUUGAUUCCACAUUUUGUUUUAAGAAAGAAAACUUUCUGAGUUAUUUAUAAACAAAACACACUACCCUGUAUCCAUUUAGGUAAAAUAAACCAAAUCAGAAAAGAAAUUCAAUUCAAAGAGGCUUUACUAGCAUGACCAUAUUGACAUACAGUAUUGCUAAAGCACAUAAACAGGGAAACGUGUUACACAUUAACAUCCAGUAGUCCAAUAGGAUGCAGACAAUAAACAUUAAGUUAACAUUCGUUUAAAAGCAACAAUCAUGUCAACACAAUGUAGCAAUAUGAACAACACUGAUGGAUAUCAGCAACAACAUGAAAACAAGAAUAUUACAGGUGUCUGUGUGUGUGUGUGUGUGUGUCUGUGUCUUUGUGUACUUCACUGUCAGUUGAUGAGCAGGUGUACAAAAAAAGGCUUUACAACAUAUAUGGGCAAGUCCAUUUAGGACAGCACAUUUCCACCAUAGUUCACAUUAGGAAAAAAUGACAGCAUGAAUGCUCACUAAACAAACAUAUACUACAUAUACCUUUUUAUACACAUUUCUUUUCAGUAAUUUUUUAAGAGUGAAAGGGAAGUAAGCAAUCGCUCAUCAUAGGAUCAUACAUAUUUCAGUUACAAUAUUAAAGCUGGACCUGCAAAGUCUGAACGACACAAGUGUGCAAUGAUUGGAGUGAUUUUGUUUCUUUUUUUUCUUGCUUUGCUUGUUUUCAAAAGGAAAAAUCAUAGUUGGUAAAAAAUAAAAUAAACUUUUGUUGAAAGGUAUCACACUGUAUAAUUUACAAAUAUCUAAAGAGGUUUAGUGGAUGCCAUAAAACAUCUGUGGAGCUUGAAGAUUUGUAGUACAUAGAUGUUUGGCAGAGAUAAUUCAAAAGAAUAAAAUCAUAAACUCUAUCUAUCUAUCGAGAGAGAAAGAGAGAGAGAGAGAGAGAGAGAGAAGUGUUUCCUUAGAGCAGUACAUGCAGCAAUCACUUAAUGGAGUGAUGUCAUAAUGGGCCACAAAACUUUGGGGAUGUGGAUGGAAAGUUACAGGCAGGAGAGGGGAACCAACAGAAGCAGGUCUUGAGACAUGAGUUUGCCCCUUUUUGAAAACCUCUUGAGAGAGGAUUGGUGGGAUAUAUAUACAUACAUACAUACACUCUAGUAGUGUGUGGAACUACUGGUACUGUGAGGAAAAAAAGAUAGAUGAUGUAAAAUGAAAAAUAAAACAAGCUUCAGCUUCUUAAGACACGGUGGGUUCAUCUAAGUAGACACAUGUAACUUCAUGUGGACACCAGACUGUCUCUGUCUACACAUGUAACUUCAUAUGGACACCAGACUGUCUUUGUUUACACAUUUAACUUCAUAUGGGCACCAGACUGUCUCUGUCUACACAUGUAACUUCAUAUGGACACCAGACUGUCUUUGUUUACACAUUUAACUUCAUAUGGGCACCAGACUGUCUCUGUCUACACAUGUAACUUCAUAUGGACACCAGACUGUCUCUGUCUACACAUGUAACUUCAUAUGGACACCAGACUCUUUGUCUACACACGUAACUUCAUGUGGACACCAGACUAACUCCAUUCAUUUUACCGGUGGUAUUGAGAACAGAUAAACCCACCGUGUCUUAAGAAGCUCAAGCUUGUUGUUUUAUUGUUCAUUAUAUCUCUUUUUCCUCACAGCGGCACUCAUACGCUACUAGCGUAUAUAUCAUAUAGAUACACUACAGCAACAGGAUACGGCGGUUGUGCUGUCUGGCAAAACGGUGCGCCACUCUAAUUUACCCGUGUAGAACGUUGCCGUGUAGAGCGUUGCAUUAGUUCCGCUUUUGGCGCUCGCGUGUAAAAUAGUUAUAAAUUCAUAAUUUUUUAUUUGGUCAGCACGGGGGGGCCACAGGGGUGGCCAGGGACAUUUCCAGGGAGGCACGGGCCUCCCCCGGCCUCCGUGUAAAACCGCCACUGGUUACAGCCUUAUUAUAAAAUGGAUAAAAAAAUGUCCCUCAUCAAUCUACACUCGAUACCCCAUAAUUACAAAUCGAAAACAGGUUUUUAGAUUUUUUUGCAAAUGUAUUAAAAAUAAAAAAAACUGAAAUACCUUAUUUACAUACAGUUGAAGUCGGACGUUUACAUACACUUAGGUUGGAGUCAAUAAAACUCAUUUUUCAACCACUCCACAAAUGUCUUGUUAACAAACUAUAGUUUUGGCAAGUCGGUUAGGACAUCUACUUUGUGCAUGACACAAGUAAUCUUUCCAACAAUUGUUUACAGACAGAUUAUUUCACUUAUAAUUCACUGUAUCACAAUUCCAGUGGGUCAGAAGUUUACAUACACUAAGUUGACUGUGCCUUUAAACAGCUUGAAAAUUCCAGAAAAUGAUGUCAUGGCUUUAGAAGCUUCUGAUAGGCUAAUUUACAUCAUUUGAGUCAAUUGGAGGUGUACCUGUGGAUGUAUUUCAAGGCCUACCUUCAAACUCAGUGCUUGACAUCAUGGGAAAAUCAAAAGAAAUCAGCCAAGACCUCAACAAAAAAAUUGUAGACCUCCACAAAUCUGGUUCAGACGCCUGAAGGUACCACGUUCAUCUGUACAAACAACAGUAUGCAAGUAUAAACACCAUGGGACCACGCAGCCGUCAUACCACUCAGGAAGGAGACGCGUUCUGUCUCCUAGAGAUUAAUGUACUUUGGUGCGAAAAGUGCAAAUCAAUCCCAGAACAAAAGCAAAGGACCUUGUGAAGAUACUGGAGGAAACAGGUACAAAAGUAUCUAUAUCCACAGUAAAAUGAGUCCUACAUCAACAUAACCUGAAAGGCCGCUCAGCAAGGAAGAAGCCAUUGCUCCAAUACCGCCAUAAAAAAGCCAGACCACGGUUUGCAACUGCACAUGGGGACAAAGACCGUACUUUUUGAGAAAUGUCCUCUGGUCUGAUGAAAAUAGAACUGUUUGGCCGUAAUGACCAUCGUUAUGUUUGGAGGAAAAAGGGGCCGCUUGCAAGCCGAAGAACACCAUCCCAACCGUGAAGCACGGGGGUGGCAGCAUCAUGCUGUAGGGGUGCUUUGCUGCAGGAGGGACUGGUGCACUUCACAAAAUAGAUGACAUCAUGAGGAAGGAAAAUUAUGUGGAUAUAUUGAAGCAACAUCUCAAGACAUCAGUCAGGAAGUUAAAGCUUGGUUGCAAAUGGGUCUUCAAAUGGACAAUGACCCAAAGCAUACUACCAAUGUUGUGGCAAAAUGGCUUAAGGACAACAAAGUCAAGGUAUUGGAGUGGCCAUCACAAAGCCCUGAUCUCAAUCCUAUAGAAAAUGUGUGGGCAGAACUGAAAAAGCGUGUGCGAGCAAGGAGGCCUACAACCUGACUCAGUUACACCAGCUCUGUCAGGAGGAAUGGGCCAAAAUUCACCCAACUUAUUGUGUUAAGCUUGUGGAAGGCUCCCCGAAACGUUUGACCCAAGUUAAACAAUUUAAAGGCAAUGCUACCAAAUACUAAUUGAGUGUAUGUAAACUUCUGACCCACUGGGAAUGUGAUGAAAGAAAUAAAAGCUGAAAUAAAUCAUUCUCUCUACUAUUAUUUCACAUUCUUAAAAUAAAGUGGUGAUCCUAACUGACCUAAAACAGGGAUUUUUUUACUAGGAUUAAAUGUCAGGAAUUGUGAAAAACUCAGUUUAAAUGUAUUUGGCUAAGGUGUAUAUAAACUUCCGACUUCAACUGUAUCUCUCUCUCAGCUGCUCAAUAGUGCUUUAUUACAGUUACUAACAAAAGUCUUCCUUUUUAUCAGUUUUACACAUUUAACUAUGUAUUUCUCUACUAGCAGGAAUGGUGCAAUAUUAAUCCCUCACCAACUGAAUUUCUGCCUUUUAUCCCAUAUGGUGAUUCUGAUUCUGAGUGUUCUUACAGCCCUCAGAGUGGGCAAAGUUAGAGUGCCACAACACUGAACUGCAGCAACCCAAAAGGAUACAAAUUAUGUUCAUUGAUGCAGGAGGGCUGGGGGAGUUUGACCAAUCAAGUUCAAGUGAAGAUUAUUUUCAUAUCCACUUCUAAAUCCAGUGUCAACAGCAGCCGGUUGAGAAAAGGGUUAAUGAAGAGCUUACUCACACUUCCUCUGUUCACCUAGCUCCUCUGUUCAUUCACCUUGGUUGUAAUGCCAGGUAGAAAAACGACUCACCUCUUCCCACUCACCUCUUCCCACUCACCUCUUCUCACUCACCUCUUCUCACUCACCUCUUCCCACUCACCUCUUCCCACUCACCUCUUCCCACUCACCUCUUACACAGCAGGUAAGGGUUUAUUGUAAUAUAUUGAUGUAAAUUGUGUCAUAUUGUACACAAUAACUUUUUAGUUAGUUUCUAUGAAAUAAGACUUUUGUUUCAAUACCCAUGAGGAGAUAACAAGGAAUUAUGUAAAACCAUGUGAUAGUCAAUUAGCCUAGCCAAUUAUAGAAGAGCUAACCCUUGACUUUACGUGUUGGACGCUUAAUUAGUGGAAUUAUUACUAAAACUUGUUUUGGCAGAUAACUUUGGUAUGGUAAAAAGUAUUCCUUAUGGCGUUGUUGUUUUAAAACAUAAAAGUAAUUAUACACUUGCGGAAAAAAGCCAACUUUAUUUUUGCAGUUUCACGUUCCACAAGUGCUCUCAAACCUCUCUUCCAAACUGUUCUUUCUUAAUUGGAUGCAUCCUUUCUGUGGUUACCAUAGCUACUGCAUUUUUCACUCAUGGUAAAACAGAACUUUGUCUUCUGGUUGAUCUGAGAGAGACCUGUAUUUUAACUGUUCACCCCCACAUUCACUCUCUCGCCAUCAUGGUUCCCACCAUCACUCCAUCCCUACGCCAUCCCUUCAUUAAACAAACUGACCAACAGUGAUAUCACACUCACAGUUAGUCAAUUUAAAGGCAUAGAGUAUGGUUGACGUACACAGACUUUUAAUCUCUCUCUGAGGAAAUGUAAUGCAGUAAAACAGUCGCCAAGGCGAGUUCUUCAUGUAUCCCAAUAGAUCCAGUCAAAGGCAUCUUGAUGUUUUAAAGAGAGCGGCUUUCUGAGUAAUUGUCUUCCCCAGCACUCUGACACCACUGUUGUGCAGGGGGAGGAGGAGGAAGACAGGGGAUGGAGUAAUGGAUGGAAUGAAUGAAUUCUGAGAUGAAUUCUAAUAAUGUGUGUCCUCCAUCCAUGCGCACACAAAUAAUAAGUCCCCCUUUCUCCCCCCAAACAUUUAAAUAAUGCAUUUUCAGCAAAGGUGCUUUUCAGUUUUCACAUGGCUCUGUUUCAGUCUCUGAUAGGAUUUAUUUAUGUUGCUGACUGCUGCGGCCGACUUGCGCUUCAAUCUUUUCUCAGCGCUGUGAGACGUCGUGCUGGCUUCAAACACACACACGCUCACACACACUUGUGUGUGCACACACGUAUACGCGCACACACACACACACACACUCACGUAUGCACUAAUGCACAGAGACAAUCACUCAAGCACUCGCUCUCUUUCUCUCACACACACAGACACACACACACACACACAGACACACCGUGCUCCCGAAACAUCCCGGGUGUCAGAGAUUAGCCAGAUUAAUAAAACAGCUUCUCUGCUUGUUCGUAGGACUGCUCUGACCCAGCGGUGCCCAGAGAGGGGGUCCACUGAGCACCAUUAGACAGACCCCCUCUCCCCUUCACACACUCAUUUACCUUUGACUGGCUCCAGAUUUGACCCGUGGAGGUGGUCUGCUCUCUGGCUGUCACGAUCACAGAGAUGUAGCCCUCCUCAUGCCCCUGUCUCUUAAUUGGGUAGAUAGUUUGAUAUCUGGGUACCUUUCUGCAUUUUAAAACCCAGUCUCUGUAACGAGCGCCCUUAGGUUGUGGCUUCUCCAAAAAACGAAGUUUAUUAAAAGAGAUGACAUCGUCUAACGUCUCUCUCUGGAAGGAAUACUGUAGGUCAGUGAUGGGUUAUGUAUCCUGCUCUCUACAUUGACCUGGGAAAUGUUUGUUAAAGAUGACCGCAAAUAGAUUUUCAAUGGGCUCCUUUCAAAGACAUGUCUGUGUUGGUCAAUGUCUUGUCUUCCUUGUCUAUUGACAAUGUCCAUCACCUGCCCAUGGGGAGGGAUUUGUCAUUGAUCCUUGGUGUGUAUGUCGUGUUGUGUUGUGUUGUGUUGUGUGUGUGUUGUGUUGUGUUGUGUGUGUGUGUGUGUGUGUGUGUGUGUGUGUGUGUGUGUGUGUGUGUGUGUGUGUGUGUGUGUGUGUGUGUGUGUGUGUGUGUGUGUGUGUGUGUGUGUGUGUGUGUGUGUGUCUACAGGGAUGGUCCAGACCAGAGCUCCCCCCAGAUCGGUCAGUUCAGUGGGAACACAGCACUAGAGUCGGUCUACAGCACCUCCAACCAGAUCCUCAUUAAGUUCCACAGCGACUUCAGCGGCAGUGGAUUCUUCGUGCUCAGUUACCAUGGUGAGCACUUCAUCAGAGAGACAGGCGGGGAGAGAGAGAAAGAUAGAAAAGACGGGAGAGAGAGAAAGAUGGAGAACAAAUGUGAUAAUGAAGGAGGAGAGGGAGAGAGAGUGGUGGAGAAAGAAAGAGAGAGUGAAAGGUAGAGAAAGAGAAAGAGAAAGAGAGGAGAGAACAAAUCCAGAGGAAAAGGAAGAGAGAUCAAUGGCCUGAUGGGCAGCAGAGUGAAGCUCCUAGUCCUCCUCCCUGCCUGCCUAGGGCCUCUGACACGUAUGGCAGCCAGUACUCAUUAUUGGCUCAGCUCAUUUUCAUAGUCAAUUUAAUCCUGACUUAUUGCACUUCGAUGCCUCUCUCCCAUCUGACGGUCUUUUUAAUGAAUCAGUGAAGGGACAUGACUCUAUACACCUGUGCCACAUUGAUUAUUGGCUACAGGGUGCGCUCUGAGCAGUGAGCACUUGCCUAAAUAUAUUUUUUUGUCCAGACACAUACAGCCUUUUCACACUACUAAUGAAACACAAGGCUGCUCCCUUGACACAGUGCUACUGGAAAAAACAGAUCAAGCAUCCCAAUAGCAAGGCCCAUGUCAUUCCCAAUAGCAAGGCCCAUGUCAUUCCCAAUAGCAAGGCCCAUGUCAUUCCCAAUAGCAAGGCCCGUGUCAUUCUGCUACAGCCAGCACUUAUGAUUUUACUACAAGUGCUUAUUGAUCCUGACCUGUAUCAAACGUCUCUCUCACUGUAAACCAGUCUGUCUUGAUUGUGGACGGUGGGGUGGCUUACGAGGUACUCCAAUCACUUUACUGUAACAGUCGAGGUGCUUAACUGUCACCUUAGUUUCAGCUCCGCCCAAAUGGGUUAUGGGUAAACUACAGGUUUGGACUUUGAUAUGGUAUGUAUUGACAUGUCACUGUUGGUUGAUUACAGUUAUUAAAAGGUUUUUAAUUGGUCUGUCAGAUGUUCAAAAGGUAACGUAGAACUAUUUGAUCAAUCAUAGCUCAAUCGUGUUAUUGUUAUCAUUAUUAUUAAUCUGUACAUCCAUCCCUGUUGCCUAAUAAGGAGAGCUGCUCUGUCGAAGCUAGCUGCUCCUAGCUGCUCCUGCUUAAUGAUAUGAAUGUACUAGACUACAGAUAAUACACAGCAAUGUUUCUCUAUAUUUUACUUGGGUUUGGCAUGGGAAUUACUCUGUAAUGAGUUUAGCUUUUGAUUCAUUUUAAAUGGGCCACCGAGUUAGAGAAACAACUAGAUUUCCCCUUAGUGAACACUCUGCUUUGCUGUGAAUUAGCCAAGAUUUAUACGACACUUAUUAAAGAUAUUAGUUUAGUUUAUUUGAUUGUCCUCAACUGUCAAGUAAUCAAAUUGUAGGCUGCAGACGGUUUAUUCAUGCAGUUUGCUGUCCAGAAUGACAAAAUAAGUGUUUUCAUGUAGGUCACAUCAAAAGAUUGGCCUGGGGGGAAAUAAAUCAAUAGAAUGUGAUUAUCACUCCAAAUAAGCAACGUGCAAAACUGUCACUUUUUCCAAUCCUGCUAUGAGAGGGUUUAAGUUGCAUAGUUAUUCAGGACAUUAUGCAAACAUCAUAAUAUUAUAGAAUACCAUUUGUGGGUAGAUUUGAAGACUCAAUUCCCGGAGCCCACUUGUUUUGACUGGUGAUGAUCUUCAUCGUUCACAGCACAUCAACCGGUCAAUCUAGACGUAAAUCCCACAUGAGGGAAAUACAUAGAGGAGGUUCCCUCUUUAAUUUAGCUUUUUUAUUAGAGCCUAUCACAGAGCGAAAUGUAGAGUCUCUCAUGGGGACACAGAAAGUCAUUGACUCUGUUCAUUGCUUUCGCUUCAAUUGGCAAUAAACACACACAAACACAGACACAUAUUCACCAAAUUCACAGUCACACACACACACACAACCCCCCGUACCCUCUGUGCUCACUCUCCUUCCUCUGCCUGAGGAGCCUCUAAAGGAAUCUUAUUAAUCAGCAAGCACAUUUAACCGAAGCCACAUGCUAAGUGGCUUUCGCUACUUAAUUUAUGUUAUUGUAGCGUGGUUGUCCGGAGCCAAAGCCCCCACUCGUCUAUUAGACAGCCUCCCUCCUCCUCUGUCUACUCUGUACGCUGGGGGUUUAUUCAUUAGUGCACACGGUAGCAAACUGUAGCAAAACAUAUUGUUUACGAAUAUGUGAGUUUCUUUUUUUGGACAAAUAAAGGAAGGUCCCCCUCCCUGUUUUACUUAUGUUUGUUUCUUACACCCUUGUUCAUGGGGAAGCAGAAGUCGAUUUAGCUAUAUACUGCUUUAGCCUGUCUGGAGAGCCAGGUGGGUGGGGUUGGCAUUUCGGAGACGUUUCUAUUGGUUCCGUUGCACCAGGCAAGCUCAGGCAAGCACAGCUUUUAUAUUGAAUAAUAGUAUAUGAACCCAGGUCUGGAAGUUAGCUAUAUGUCUAUCGCUCAGGAGAUAUCUCCCUCCUGCUCUGUCUGUUCAGACUGUUGAGAAGUUUUAUAACAAUUACACUCGGUUAUCAAUUAAUUAAUGAUCAAUGGCUGUCAUUGAUUUUACCCCCUAGUUUGUGGUGGCAUGACCCCGCCAGGUAGCUGGGUAGUGGGUGUAGUUUGGAUCUGCAGUCCUGAAAGAGGUUGGCUGUAAGAUUCAAUGGUGUAAUAUUUCCCCUUGCCUAGUUCAGAGUGCUACCUUAUUUAAUCCUGUCAUUAGCAGCAGCGAUUCCUCAGAUCGUGUGUGUGUAUGAACUCAGUGUGUCUCUCCAUCCGUGCAUGUGUGUGUGCAGUGUAGUAUCUCUCCCCGGGCCCAGCUCCGACCGUUGUCACCUUAUUUAAUCCUGUCGUUAGCGCCAGCUAGCAGUGUUCGUUCCCUCAUAUAGUUAGCAGUGCCUCCUUGCCAGAACAGCACAGCUUGGCCGGUCUGUUGAUUCCCAGAAGGUACACUGGGCUUAUCUGAUGCCCUUAAACACACCGCCGAGAUCACAUCGCUGCUGAAUAAAUUGGUAUGCAGCCAGGUGCAGGUGGUGUAGAAUCUGCAUUUUUUUCCUUCUUUUUUUCCUGCCUAACCUUUCAAAUGCCAGUAGUUUCUCCUCCUCCCCAAUUCUGAUGCUCUUUUGUCCAGACAUGGGAAAUCAAUGGUCUUUGGUCUGUGAUUUUGCAAGUGGGUCUGCUGUGGCAUGGGUGGAGAUUGCAGUACUGUUGAGUUGAGCAGGUACUUGCACGCAAACCAUCACAAGGAAUAAGGAAGAAGACAAAUCUGCAUCCCAAAUAGGCCUCUGGUCAAAAGUAGUGCACUAUAUAGGGAAAAGGGAGCCAUUCGGGACUUAGACAGAUAUAUAUAUAUAUAUAUAUACAUAUAUUUAUUUAUUUAUUUAUUUAUUUUAAUUCCAUGUUCGAAAGAAUGCAGAAAGUCCCAGUGCAAUAAGUGGUUAACCAAAAAGAGGAUUACUACUCUGUUGAAAUGUUCCUUACACCUUCUUCUUCCUCUUCCUUCCUCCCCCUCUUCUAGUGUACCAGCUGAGGAUCUGCCAAGCGCCCCCGGAGGUGGCCAACGCUGAUAUCCUCACGGAGGACAGGGAGUUUGAAAUAGGUAACGCCUCCACGUCUAGUUCAAUCCAAAUAUUCUCAAUUUUUCUAAUGAAUAGUUUUGGGAUAGGACCUCCUCACCAAUCGUUAUACUUGGGACUAGGAGUUUUCCUGUGCCUGUAUUCAUAAAGCGUCUUAGAGUGCUGAUCUAGGAUCAGUUAUGCUUUUUAGCUCAUUAUGAAUAAAGAGUAUAUGGACUGCGGGAGACCUGAUCCUAGAUCAGAUCUGAGACGCUUUGCGAGUAUAGGCCCUGGCCUUACUGAGAGUUCAUCCGCUUAGGUUAUGAAACGGAAACCCCUCACACCAGCCCCAUGCCCCAUGCCCCUUCACCACAUCCCCCAUGUACGUCUCUCCUCUGCUCAGGUAAAUGCUGAUACAUGUAGAAUGUCCUCACUGAGUAUUGAUCAUGUCUUAGAGAGAGGACAAGCCUCCUCCGGUGUGUUUGACCCCGACUAAUACAAUAGGUGGACACACACACACACACACACAGACAGACAGACACACACACAUAAAUCAAAUCGGUUGAGACAACAGUGAAAUGCUUACUUGCGGGUCCUUUUCCAACAAUACAGAGUUUAAGAUAUAUAUAUUUUAUUUUAUAAAUAGAAAUAGUGUCAAAGUGAAUAAUGAAUAAAAAUCAUGAGUAAAAAUAACAUGGCUAUAUAUAGGGAGUACCAGUACUGAGUCGAUGUGCAUGGGUACGAGGUAUUUGAGAUAGCUAUGUACUGUACAUAUUUGACCCAACGCCUCUACUUGGUCUUAUGUAGCAACAUUUGAAAUGGUGUUUUUUUACAUUGGAUAAAAGAGACUCAGAGCUGCAAAAUGGUACAUCCCACACUGCAGUUGAGGAACAAUGGGAAAGUAAUUCUUCUUUGAAAGUUGAUAAACGUGUAACCCCACUUUUGAGAAAAUGGCACUUGAAUGUUUUGGUACACCUACUGGAGAGCUCUUCUUUGUUUACAUCCAUUCAGCAUCGUUCACACCUUCUUAAGCCUUAGCCCCACCCAUCUCUUUAAGGAUUCACAUGGGAGGCCAGAACAGAGUGAAUAGUGUAGUAAACAACUAAAGAUUUCAAGACUAAAAGUGGUAAAAGUAGUAGCCUACAAUAAGGACAAACUCCAGGUAAAAAUAUACUUUAUCCAGUCCUUGGCCUAUAUCCUAAUCUGACUUUGAAAGUGUUCAGAUAAAAAUAUGGAUUAAAUAUUUUACAAUUAUUAGAUGAUGCUUACCCAGAAACGUGUCUACAUUGAUGGGUCAUGUGAAGGAAAUGCUAAAACCACCCCCCAGCCACAUCUAGCUAAGUGGAUGGGUCACUAUUGUUCAUGUUCAUGAAACACAAUAGAUGGCCGUAAUCACCCCCCAGACACACCUGUCUAGCUUGAUGGUCAUAUAAUCAUUUUCUUGUGAAGUGGAGUCUUUUGUUUAGACAUGUAGCUAGCUAGCUAAACAAUGAACCAUAAUCCCAACCAAUAGCUACAGUACAAACUGAUUGUCAUAGCUAGCCACUAUGCAUGAAAUGUUGGAGUAUGAAUCUGCAGGUAGCUAAAGCUAACCAACUAGGUUCAAUGUUAGCUAGCUAUAACUAGCAAUGCAAAUGGAUUUCUGAGAUACAAAUAAUAUUACUACAUAGAUCAUACACGUAACCUUAGCUAGCCUUGUGGUCGGAUGCCUUAGCUAGCAAGCCAGCAAAUUAUUGUUUGCUAGCUAGCUAACAGUACGCUUUAACUUGCAAUGAAAACAACUUUCUGACAAAGUUAGAAACUUAUAAUAUCUGAAAAAUCUAGCUAGACUCUUACCCAUAUACAUGGAUGAACGCUUCACACCAGUGUGUCAUUUCCGUUUGGUUUGUAGCUAGCUACAGCUUGUUUGGCCGGUUGUUGUGUCAAGUCACUCCGGUUCACAAUGACCUUGUAGUAGUCCAUCACAACCUUUUCCCACUGAUCUUUGUUGAUAGCGCCUGCUAAAUUCUGGGCAGCAAUGUUGUUGAGAGCAGUAGCACCACUUUUGCAGAUCUGCAUGGUUAACGUUAUAUCUUUCAAAAAAGCCGCGGUAGCAUGGAUUAUCUACACAUAUUGAGCAGCUCAUGUUAUAGACAGAAGCGGGUUACAUGGCAGACCAAUCCGAACUCAUCUCUCGGCAUGUCCAGCCCAUCCAUUAUCUCAGCCAAUCAUGGCUAGUGGGAAGGUUCCUGUCUUUUGCCGUGGCUAAACCAACUUGGCUCAUAAUUUAACAAUUUUAUUAGUAUUUACAGAUGGCAUACAAGUUUGUUAUUAAGGCACAUGAAAAUUCACAUGUUCCAGAAGGUAUUUCUGCCAAAAAACUGAUUUUGAUAAAAGACAAUAAAACAAUUUAAAAAAAAAUUAAAUGCCUCUUCUGUGAAGCAGUGCGACAAACGCCUACCUUCCUGAAAUGGGUCACAUAUAGGUAGGGGUAAAGUGACUAUCAGCGGCAUAUGUGUUGUGCGUGUGUGUGUGGCGUCAGUAUGCGUGUGUGUGUGUGUGUGGGUGGGUGGGUGUUAAUGUUGGUGUGUCAGUGUAAGUAUGUGUGAGUGUGGGUAGAGUCCAGCGUGUGUGCAUAGAGUCAGUGCAAGAGAGUUUGUGCAAAAAAGGGCCAAUGUUUAGAAUUCUAAUGGCUUGGGGUUAGAAGCUGUUUAGGGUCCUGUUGUUUCCAGACUAGGUGCAUUGGUACCGCUUGCCGCGCGGUAGCAGAGAGAACAGUCUAUGACUUGGGUGGCUGGAGUCUUUGACCAUUUUUAGGGCCUUCCUUUGACACCGCCUGGUAUAGAGGUCCUGGAUGGCAGGGAGCUGUAUAGUGAUGUACUGGGUCGUACGCACUACCCUCCGUAUCACCUUGUGGUCGGAUGCCAAGCAGUUGCCAUACCAGGCGGUGAUGCAGCCAGUCAAGAUGCUCUCGAUGGUGCAGCUGUAGAACCUUUUGAGGAUCUGAGGGCCCAUGCCAAAUCCAUCCAUGUUUUUCAAACGUCAAAUUUCAAAAUUGUUACAAACAUCAAAUUUCGAAGUGUUUGGUUAAGAUUAAGUUUAGGCAUUAACUUUGCAUGAUUAAGGUAAGGGUUAAAGUUCGGGAUAUGAUUAAAACAAAACUAUAAAAAACAACUUUCUAUUGAUGGAUUCGAACAUGCAACCAUCCACCAUCCCCAUCCACAAUCAAAGGCUACAUGAGGGUAAUAGCACUCACUGUUGCCCCUAGUGGCCGGUUUUCACCUCAUCUUCCGCCGUACUCAGACAUGGAUGUACGUCGAAUACUGACUUGUAUCAUGUGUGACCUGCCUGAUUAAUAGUGAGUUAGCAACUAACUCUGUGAUUGGUGGGUGUGAAAGUGGGCAAUUACAGACAGUGGCUGAGAUGGAUUCACCUUGCCUGGUAACAAGGCCCAAAGGCUCUGCUGUGUCUAUAGCAGCCUUGUAUAGAUUUCUUGGACCACGAUCAUCCAUCCAUCCAUCAUCUGGAACAUGGCCCAUUGCUGCUGUCUAAAGACAUAAUCUGGAACAUGGCCCAUUGCUGCUGUCUAAAGACAUCAUCUGGAACAUGACCCAUUGCUGCUGUCUAAAGACAUCAUCUGGAACAUGGCCCAUUGCUGCUGUCUAAAGACAUCAUCUGGAACAUGGCCCAUUGCUGCUGUCUAAAGACAUCAUCUGGAACAUGACCCAUUGCUGCUGUCUAAAGACAUCAUCUGGAACAUGGCCCAUUGCUGCUGUCUAAAGACAUCAUCUGGAACAUGGCCCAUUGCUGCUGUCUAAAGACAUCAUCUGGAACAUGACCCAUUGCUGCUGUCUAAAGACAUCAUCUGGAACAUGGCCCAUUGCUGCUGUCUAAAGACAUCAUCUGGAACAUGGCCCAUUGCUGCUGUCUAAAGACAUCAUCUGGAACAUGACCCAUUGCUGCUGUCUAAAGACAUAAUCUGUGACAUGGCCCAUUGCUGCUGUCUAAAGACAUAAUCUGGAACAUGGCCCAUUGCUGCUGGUUGAAGACAUCAUCUGGAACAUGGCCCAUUGCUGCUGGUUGAAGACAUCAUAUGGCUUCUAAAAGGACCAGAAUGUUACAGUAGAUGAUGAUGAUGGUGAUAUUGAUUAUGGUGAUGGUGAUGAUGGCAAUGAGGAAGAGCAUACUUUUGUUUAUCUUAAACACCAUUAUUCUUGGUUUUCUGUGUUAUAUUGCACUAACACUAGUUCUACUGCAAUACUCAUACUUCAGGGACCAUUGUUUAUUUUUCCUAGUAACUGUUAUGAAAGUCUCAAAGAUUCCUACCCAGGCUAGAACUCACUCAUUAACAGUGUUCAACCUUGGAUGUCAAAGAAUGUCACCCCAUCUGUCUCAGGCAUCUGUCUCUAUUACUGCAGCACAGGUUUGCUGUCCUUCUUAAUUAUACAACAGCUUUAUCAGAGUCCGUCUCUCUUUCUCUCUCUCUCUCUCUCUCUCUCUCUCUGUUUCAGACAGACGCUAACUAACUCUUUUUCACUUUCUGCUCCAUUCAACCCCUCUCUCUCUCUCUCUCUCUCUCUCUCUCUCUCUCUCUCUCUCUCUCUCUCUCUCUCCUCUCUCUCUCUCUCUCUCUCUCUCUCUCUCUCUCUCUCUCAAUCCUCUUCCUUUUCACCUUCCUCUUCACCUUCUCUCCUGACAGGGGACAUAAUCUUGUACCGCUGUCAUCCUGGCUUCACACUGGUGGGGAGUGAGAUUCUGACAUGCAGACUGGGGGAGAGACUUCAGAUGGAUGGGCCUCCACCCACAUGUCAAGGUGUGUGUGUGUGUAUGCGUGUGUGCCUGAGCAUGUACUUGCGUUCCUUCGUUUUGCAUAUGUGUGUGCGAGUGCGUGCCUACUUGCGUGUGUUUGUGUGUGUUUGUGGCAGCUGUCAUUAAAAUGGUUUUGUCAUUAGCUGUGCUGUUGUGAUGCGUUCUGCCCAGCUCUGUCACAGCCCCUUGUGUUUCCAGUUUUCUAUUCCAGUUAUGUUUCUGUGUCUUCCCUCUCACUGUGUUUAGUGGCCUAAACAGCUGUUGUCAUAAAUGUUUUAUGCCGCCAUAUUUCUCUCCGGCAUCUCAUUGGUGGGAUUUGUCCUGAAAAUCUACGGAACGUCUGGGGGCAUAAGAGAAGCGGUAAUGUGAGGGGUGGGUCUUGGGCAGUGGAGGCUGGUGAGGGGAGGACGGCUCAUAGUAAUGGCCGGAAUGGAAUGAAUGGAACGGUUGGGGAUAUACUAUUCCAUUUAUUCCAUUCCAGCCAUUACAAUGAACCUGUCCUAAGUGGCACCAGCCAACACUUGUCUUGAAAUAAUUUAACCCUUUCUUUUUUUGUUUUGCUUCUUGGCCGAAUGUGUUUGAUUAGUUUAGUAAGUACUGCCUCUUGGGUGACCACUGAAUAAAUGACAGGUACCUCUAGCAUCCAUGUGUUCUCCUGUUAUGUGCUCAUCCAGUGCAAUGCCCAGCCCACGAUGUGAGGUUUGACUCUACUGGAGUGAUCCUGAGUCCAGGCUACCCUGACAGCUACCCCAACCUGCAGAUGUGUAUCUGGACCAUCAAUGUAGAGAAGGGCUACAACAUCACCCUGUACUUCGAGUCCUUCCAGACCGAGAGGGAGUUCGACAUCCUAGAAGUCUUUGAUGGUGGCUAUAAUAGCAUUAGACCAGCCUGGUGCCACAACUGUUUGUGCUGUCUUGCCAACUCAUGACAGCGCAAACAUAUAUGGGACCAGGCUAUUAUCACACACUGUCAUGUUUUUAAAAAACUUCUGGUUUUUGCCCAGAUUUGUAUUGUUUUCAAACUGUAUUUUUUGGGCUGCAGUGGUAUUGUAAAUGUAAUCUUCAGUUUGGAUAAAUUGGGCAUUAAAAGGCUGGACGUUUUGGUAUUGAAUGCAAGGCCUACAAAACUUUGUAUGACCUGACUUUUAAUGAAUGCAAGAGCAUUACAAUGUGAAGCAACCACAAUACCACUGAACAGAUUUUGAUUAAUGCUGAAAUGUCUAAAACGACAUUGUGACAAACAAUGGUCAGCCCCUCUUCUCACAGCUAAAGAUUACUAUAAUGCUUUGGGUCAUUGCUGUAGCUGUUAGCCCUUUCAAUGGAUGAUUUACACAACAAAUACAUUCUUACACAAUCUACCUUGUUGUUGGCAUCCUCUCCUUCUCUCCCCCCUCCCUCCCUCCCUACCGCUCUCUUCCCCCUCCCUACCUCUCUCUCCCCCCUCCCACCCUCCCUCCCUACCUCUCUCUUCCCCUCCCUACCUCUCUCUCCCCCUUCCCUCCCUCUCUCUUCCCCCUCCCUACCUCUCUCUCCCCCUUCCCCCCUCCCUCUCUCUUCCCCCCUCCUUACCUCUCUCUUCAUCCUCCCUACCUCUCUCUUCCCCCUCCCUACCUCUCUCCUCCCCCCCUCCCUACCUCUCUCUUACCUCUCCUCUCCCCCCUCCCUACCUCUCUCCUUCCCCCUCCCUCCCUCUCCUCUCCCCCCUCCCUACCCUCUCUCUCUCCCCCCUUCCCUUCCCUACCCUCUCUCUCCCCCCUCCCUACCUCUCUCCCCCCCCCCUACCUCUUUCUCCCCCACUCCCUACCUCUCUCUUCCCCUCCCUCCCUCCCUCUCUCUCCCCCCUCCCUACCUCUCUCUCCCCCCCUCCCUACCUCUCUCUCCCCCCUCCCUACCUCUCUCUUCCCCCUCCCUACCUCCUCUCUCUCUCCCCCCUCCCUACCUCUCUCUCCCCCCUCCCUACCUCUCUCUCCCCCCUCUCUCUCUACAGGCCCCAGUACUAAUAGCCAGACUCUGGCCACCUUCAGCGGUGACAUCUCCGCGCCCUUCAACAUCACUACGACCGGCCACCAGCUCACACUGCGUUGGUCCUCCGACCACGGCACCAACAAGAAGGGCUUCCGGAUCCGCUAUGUUGGUGAGUAUCAAAGUAUGUAUCCAUUUAAAUCACUCCUUUUCACUUGCACGUUUACGUCUUUUCAGAGUGAGAAAUGCGGAGGGUGGGUGGGUGGGUGGGUGGGUGUUGUGUGUGUGAGUGUGUGCUUGCGUGUAUGUGAGUGUGGGCUUACGUGUAUGUGUGUGUGAGUGUGGGCUUGCAUGUAUGUGUGUGUGUGCUUGCGUGCGUGUGUGUGUGUGAAUGUGUCUGUGAGUGUGUGAGAGAUGGAAAAUAACAACAGAGUAGCUACAGCAUGUUGUAGCUACUCUGAAAACUUGCAUGUGGAAUAUUGUGGUUGUACUCAAUAUUAGUUAAGUGAUAAUGUUAAGUGAUAAUGCCAAUAUAUCCUCCAAACUUCAGCUUCGAGGGAAUUAUCACUUUUAUACAACCGGUUGCCAACAUAUUAAAAUAAUGAUUGACAUAUUUUCAUUCAAAAAAAAUAUUUUGAUGAAUUUAUUCAUACUAUUUAAUCCUUCCACGAGAUAAGUCCCGACACAAAUAUAGGGUUGCUGGUAGUUCGUUCUAUCGGUUCAGUUGCCAGAGACGCGACCCAGUCGUUAAGUGUUUUUGUAAAUUAAAUCAUCUCUAUGUGUGUUGUAAACAAAUAUACUAACAUGUAUUUACCAACAAAAAAAUAUUUGUUUGUUCUAAAUGUUCUCAUCCCUUGCUUGCUAGCUAGCCAACUAUGACUAACACGGUCACGCCAAACAGUGCAGCCAGAAUAACAGCAAAGCAGCUGCGUUUGUUUAAGCUGUUUUCUAGUGAUUUCUUUUUUUGGGGGGGGGGGUAUUUUGUGGCAGUUGUUGUCCCACAACUCCCACAUAUCAACCAAUCAGCCUCCAGGAUCCAAACAACACGUUUUAUAAUAAUCAAUGUGUGUCUGCCUUACCAUGUGUCUGCCUUACCAUGUGUCUGCCUUACCAUGUGUCUGCCUUACCAUGAGGGAUAUAAAAAUGUAUAUUGUGCAGAAUAUUGACGCAUGUGAAUACACUGUCAGUGAGGUCAGCCCACAUUUUCAGCACAACAGUUGAGCUGCAGAGACCAGCGCAGUAAAUAGAUUGUGCUCUAAGCUAUGCGUUCAUUCUCCGACUGGCUAAAACCAUGGGCCUAGUGCUACUACAGAUGUCGGUGGAGAUGUCAGUCGGGGCCUGGGGACCCUAAACAACCACAGAGCUGGGUCUCCCCCACACUACACACUUUGCUGACUGGCAAGAGCAGAGCAGAGCAGGCGGGAAGGCCGGGGACAGACGGGGUCAAGUGUUGGUCAGAGCUGUUGGUCAGAGCUGUGACAGCCAGCCUGUCCCUAAUGGCCCAAUGUGUGACACAGUGUGAGAAGCUAGAGGAGUAGUAGUGACACAGCAGACUGGAGUCGAGAAUAGACAACACUGUAGUAUUAUGACUAUAGCUUGUGAGGAACAAGGCUAUACCAGAGCCAUGUAUUUAAAGAGUUGGGCCAUUGAGGAUUCUGCAUUAUGAUGCAUUUACAUGACACUACAACAUUCUAUGGCAGCCAUGUUAGUGCCUCAUUAACAUUACAUAGGGAAUAUUUAAAUAAUGCUAUGUAACUGAAUGUCUAGAAUUAGAACAACUCUCUAAAUACAUGGCUGUGGACUAUACUAAGGCUAGGUAAGACUGAACAGGCCCAUGGUAGGUAAGACUGAACAGGCCCAUGGUAGGUAAGACUGAACAGGCCCAUGGUAGGUAAGACUGAACAUGGGCCAGGGUAGGGAGUGGCUGAACAGGCCCAUGGUAGGUAAGACUGAACAUGGGCCAGGGUAGGUAGACUGAACAGGCCCAGGGUAGGUAAGACUGAACAUGGGCCAGGGUAGGUAGACUGAACAGGCCCAUGGUAGGUAAGACUGAACAUGGGCCAGGGUAGGGAGUGGCUGAACAGGCCCAUGGUAGGUAAGACUGAACAUGGGCCAGGGUAGGUAGACUGAACAGGCCCAGGGUAGGUAAGUCUGAACAUGGGCCAGGGUAGGUAAGACUGAACAGGCCCAUGGUAGGUAAGUCUGAACAGGCCCAUGGUAGGUAAGACUGAACAGGCCCAUGGUAGGUAAGACUGAACAAGCACAGGGUAGGUAAGACUGAACAAGCACAGGGUAGGUAAGACUGAACAGGCCCAUGGUAGGUAAGACUGAACAAGCACAGGGUAGGUAGACUGAACAGGGCCAGAGUAGGUAAGACUGAACAGGGCCAGAGUAGGUAAGACUGAACAGGGCCAGAGUAGGUAAGACCGAACAGGCUGAGCAUGUGACAAAAAAAUGUUUUAUUUGAUACUUCAGUCACUGAUUUUCUAGAUGAUACUUCAAUCAAUGAUUUUCUAGAUGAUUCUUCAGUCACUGAUUUUAUAGAUGAUACUUCAGUCACUGAUUUUAUAGAUGAUACUUCAGUCACUGAUUUUAUAGAUGAUACUUUAGUCACUGAUUUUAUAGAUGAUUCUUCAGUCACUGAUUUUAUAGAUGAUACUUUAGUCACUGAUUUUAUAGAUGAUUCUUCAGUCACUGAUUUUAUAGAUGAUACUUUAGUCACUGAUUUUAUAGAUGAUACUUCAGUCACUGAUUUUAUAGAUGAUACUUUAGUCACUGAUUUUAUAGAUGAUUCUUCAGUCACUGAUUUUAUAGAUGAUACUUCAGUCACUGAUUUUAUAGAUAAUACUUCAGUCACUGAUUUUAUAGAUGAUACUUCAGUCACUGAUUUUAUAGAUGAUACUUCAGUCACUGAUUUUAUAGAUGAUACUUCAGUCACUGAUUUUAUAGAUGAUACUUCAGUCACUGAUUUUAUAGAUGAUACUUCAGACACUGAUUUUAUAGAUGAUACUUUAGUCACUGAUUUUAUAGAUGAUACUUCAGACACUGAUUUUCUAGAUGAUACUUUGUCUCUAUUUCAACCAGAGAAACAGAAAUCACAAUCAUAUAACAGUUUCUGGUGUUAGCGAAGCGUCAAGGAAUAGUCUAGUCUCGUGUAACACUCUGUCCUUGUUUUGUUUUCAAAGGAUGAGUUGUUCUUGAGCAGCUAAAAAUCUCUACCUCAUCUUGUUUGUUUUGUUGUACAUAACCCAGUUACAUUUCUGAGGACUUUUUCCAAAUGAAAUAAUAACGUCCGUUGUGAAAAUGACUCCCUGCCUCGGAGAUUGCUGGCAUCUCAUAACAUGGAGUCAUGCAGCUGGUAGAACUAGUAAUUCGGCACUCAGUAUGUGCGUCAGGAGAUUUGCUGGGGGAUAACUUCCUCGUUUGUUUAAGUAUGCAAGAGAUAUGGGGUAAAUCUGCUUUGAAGUGUUGUGACGGUCAAGCAUCUAUCUAUCUAUCUAUCUCUCUCUCUCUCUCUCUCUGUCUCUGUCUCUGUCUCUGUCUCUCUCUCUGUCUCUGUCUCUGUGUCUCUCUGUCUCUCUCUCUCUGUCUCUCUCAAUUCAAUUCAAUGCAAUUUACUCUCUCUCUCUAUCUCUCUGUCUCUCUCUCUGUCUCUCUCUAUCUGUCUCUCCUCUCUCUCUCUCUCUCUCUCUCUCUCCUCUCUCUCUCUCUCUCCUCUCUCUCUCUCUCUCUCUCCUCUUCCUCUCUCUCUCUCUCUCUUCCUCUUCCUCUUCCUCUCCAUCCCCCUCUCCCUCUAUCUCUCCCUCUCCUUCUCUCUUUUGGCCCAUUCCUCCUGACAGAGCUGGUGUAACUGAAUCAGGUUUGUAGGCCUCCUUGCUCGCACACGCUUUUUCAGUUCUGCCCACACAUUUUCUAUAGGAUUGAGGUCAGGGCUUUGUGAUGGCCACUCCAAUACCUUGACUUUGUUGUCCUUAAACCAUUUUGCCACAACUUUGGAAGUAUGUUUGGGGUCAUUGUCCAUUUGGAAGACCCAUUUGCGACUAAGCUUUAACUUCCUGACUGAUGUCUUGAGAUGUUGCUUCAAUAUAUCCACAUAUUUUUCCUUCCUCAUGAUGCCAUCUAUUUUGUGAAGUGCACCAGUUCCUCCUGCAGCAAAGCACCCCAACAGCAUGAUGCUGCCACCCCCAUGCUUCAUGGUUGGGAUGGUGUUCUUUGGCUUGCAAGCUCCCCCUUGUUACUCGAAACAUAACAAUGGUAAUUUUGGCCAAAUAGUUAUAUUUUUAUUUCAUCAAACCAGAGGACAUUUCUCCAAAAAGUAAGAUCUUUGUCCCCAUGUGCAGUUGCAAACCGUAGUUUGGCUUUUUUAUGGCGGUUUUGUAGCAGUGGCUUCUUCCUUGCUGAGCGGCCUUUCAGGUUAUGUUGAUAUAGGACUCGUUUUACUGUGGAUAUGGAUACUUUUGUACCGGUUUCCUCCAGCAUCUUCACAAGGUCCUUUGCUGUUGUUCUGGGAUUGAUUUGCACUUUUCCCACUAAAGUACGUUAAUCUCUAGGAGACAGAACGUGUCUCCUUCCUGAGCGAUAUGAUGGCUGUGUGGUCCCAUGGUGUUUAUACUUGCGUACUAUUGUUUGUACAGAUGAACGUGGUACCUUCAGGCAUUUGGAAAUUGCUCCCAAUGAUGAACCAGGUCUACAAGUUUUUUCUGAGGUCUUGGCUGAUUUAUUUUGAUAUUCCCAUGAUGUCAAGCAAAGAGGCACUUUAUUUUGAUAUUCCCAUGAUGUCAAGCAAAGAGGCACUGAGUUUGAAGGUAGGCCUUGAAAUACAUCCACAGGUACACCUCCAAUUGACUCAAAUGAUGUCAAUUAGCCUAUCAGAAGCUUCUAAAGCCAUGACAUCAUUUUCUGGAAUUUUCCAAGCUGUUUAAAGGCACAGUCAACUUAGUGUAUGUAAACUUCUGACCCACUGGAAUUGUGAUACAGUGAAUUAUAAGUGAAAUAAUCUGUCUGUAAACAAUUGUUGGAAAAAUUACUUGUGUCAUGCACAAAGUAGAUGUCCUAACCGAUUUGCCAAAAUUAUAGUUUGAUAACAAGAAAUGUGUGGAGUGGUUGAAAAACGAGUUUUAAUGACUCCAUCCUAAGUGUAUGUAAACUUCCGACUUCAACUGUAUCUCCCCCCCUCCUCCUCUCCCUCUCUCCAUCCCCCUCCCUUUCUCCCUCUCCACCCCCUCUCCCUCUCCACCCAUCUCUCCCUCUCCCUCUCCACCCUCUCUCUCUCUUGCUCUCGCUCUCGCUCUCUCUCCUCAAAUCAAACAAGCCAAACACACAGAAACAAGUUCCCACAACAUAGGUAGGCAGCUGCCUCUGAUUGGGAACUACACCCUACCAACAUAGAAAUACACAAUCUAGAAUUUUCACAUAGAUAUUCACAUACUAGAUAUUCACACCCUGACCAAACCAACUAGAGAUCUCUAUGUCAGGGCGUGACAGUACCCCCCCCCCAAAGGUGCGGACUCCGGCCGCAAAACCUGAGUCAUUAGGGGAGGGUCCGGGUGGGCAUUUAGCCUCGGUGGCGGCUCCGGCUCCGGGCGCGACGUCACCCUUACUGUCCUCUCCUUUUCUGGCUCCCCAUUACACACCUGGUCCGGUCUGGACCCCGGCGCGAUGCUUCCCCUUUCAGUCAUCCCACGAUGCACCAAGCCCUGUCUGGACCCUGGUGUGGGAGGCCCCGACCCUGGAGAGGGGCUGACGUCUGGGCCUGGACCGGCAAUCCUCCCGUGAUGCACCAAGCCCUGUCUGGACCCUGGUGUGGAAGACCCCGACCCUGGAGAGGGGUUGACGUCUGUUUCUGGCUCUGCCGUCCUCCCACGAUGCACCAAGUCCUGUCUGGACCCUGGUGUGGGAGAGUAGACGACCGGACCCGGACUGGGCACCUGUGGAGCGGACUCCUCUGGCACUGGAGUGGAGCCGCUGACCGGAGCUGAACUGGACCCCGGUGGAGCGGACUGCUCUGGCUCUGGACUGGAGCAGCUGACCGGGGCUGGACUAGGCACCAGUGGAGCGGACUGCUCUGGCAUUGGACUGGAGCAGGUAACCGGAGCUGGACUAGGCACCGGUGGAGCGGACUGCUCUGGCACUGGAGUGGAGCAGCUAACCGGAGCUGGACUGGGCACCAGUGGCGCGGACUGCUCUGGUACUGGAGUGGAGCAGCUGACCGGAGCUGGACUAGGCACCACUAGUCUGGUGCGAGGAGCAGGUACGGGGCGCACCGGGCUGGCGACACGCACCACUGGUUUGGUGCGAGGAGCAGGUACGGGCCGUACAGGACUGGAAACACGCACCACUGGUUUGGUGCGAGGAGCAGGCACGGGCCUUACCGAACUGGGAACACGCACCACGGGUCUGUGAAGGCGCCCUGGCGGCACAGUGCGCACGCCGGCGCAUAGCCUGGUGCCUGCAUGGUCACUACGCUCCUCAAAAGCGAGUGCGGGGAGUUGGCUCUGCUCUGCAACCUGCUUUUCGCCAGCCUCUGCUCUAAGUACUGAACUCUCUGCUGCUGAAGGGUUAACACUCCUCUCUCAGCUCCUCCUGUUGCCCUGGCCAACUCCUCUCUCAGUUCAUCCACUGACUCCUUCUCCCUGUGAGGCCUCCUGUAGCGCCUCCCUCUGAAGGGAGAACUCCUGCUCCCUCUGAGCUAACAGCCCCCGUAAGGUGGUGGUAUCCUCUCUCAGAGUGCUGAGCUGCAGGUCUUGGAGGGCCUCUACUAUAGCGGCCUCCUCCUCCACAGUCAGCCUUUUCACGGCCUCCUUCUGCUUCGUCAACACCCCCGUGUGCCCCCCCAAAAUAUUUUUAUUGGGGUUUGCCUCUCGGGCCUCCUUCGUCGUCGUGCACUUCGGAUUCGUCCCAUUUCUCCUUUCUCCGCUGUCCUCCGUCUGCUCCAAAGGAAGACGAUCCAUCCCUGCCUGGAUCUCUUCCCAAGUCCAGGAUCCCUUACCGUCCAAAAUAUCUCCCCAUGUUCAUGUUGUCUGCUCUUCCUGUUCACGCUGCUUGGUCCGGUUGGUGGUGGGAUCUUCUGUCACGUUCGUUUGAGGUAAAGGAUUGGACCAAAGGUUGCAGUGGUAUGCGUAACAGUUAAUGUUAAUAAUAAAAAAUCUACAAAAUAAACAAGUAACUGAACGUGACUUCUAAAGCUAUACACAACAACCAAACAACGAAAACAAAGAUCCACAACAUAGGUAGCAAAAGGGCCCUACAUAAGUAUGAUCCCAAUCAGAGACAAAUCAGCUGCCUUUUGAUUGGGAACCACACCCGGCCACUAGAAAUACAAAUUCUCGAAUUUCACAUAGAUAUUCACAACAAAGGUAUUUCACACCUGACCAAAAAAUAGAGAUCUAUGUCGGGCGGAAAAUAUGGUAAUAUGUCUGCCCUCCUCUUUUUUCCCUUUUUUUGUCUCUUUUGCUCUCCUAGUCACCUUUUAAACUCCAAAUCUUCUCGGUCCCACCUCUCUCAACUCUGGCUCUGAUUUUUUCCCUAUCUUUUCCCUCGUCUCGCGCCUCCAUCCUCCCCUCUCCCUUUCCUCUUCUCUCUCUCUCUCUCUCUCUCUCCCUCUCCUCUUCCUCUGUACUCUCGCCUCUCACUCUCUCUCUCCUCUCUCACGCUCUCUCCUCUCUCGUCUCCUCUCCUCUCUCUCGUCUCCCCUCGUGGCUCCUCUCUCCUCUCUCUUCUCUCUCUCUCUCUCUGUAAGCAUGUCUUUCAAUCCUCUUUUCUAUAGUCUUCCUCAGUGAGAUAACAGGACAUAGUCUCCUCUCUUUACAUUCUCAGAUUACAUCCUUUAGUGCAACCCCUGACCAUUGUUCACACACAAUCAGAACAGUGUGUUUACUGUAGCUGUGUGCUCAGUGGUAGUUUAAAUAUCUAUCUGAAUUAAUAAGGCAUAUACCUAGAAGUCAGAACUUGCUGUGUGAACUAGAAUUCACCCUCCCGGAUGUAGUUUGACUUUGCCCUCCUACUGUAGGUAUGAAAGUGAAAAGUCAAGGUACACAAUAGUUAUUCUGACUGCUCAGAAUGAUUCCCCAGACGUUUCUCCGUGAUCCCUGUAUUGAUUUAGACAGAAGGUGAGUGGAGGGCGAGCAGAGCACUUUAUGGUGCAUUUAGAUGGUGAUCAAACACAUCACAUCUUAGCUGGUGAAGUCGUAUCAAUGCCAGAAAGAGUACUACUUAUGUAACUGUAUGAUGCAUAUACUGUAUAUGUGUGGGGAAAUGAUAUUUAAAAAAUGACAAAUGAAUGCCCCACAUUUAGUUGAAAUAAUAGAAAGAUGAUCUGUGUUGUUACAUUAGUACCAGUAGUAGGUAGUAGCUAGCUGUAGCCAGAUCCUUAUAUUACAGUAAUACGACUCUGGUUAUAACUACCAGGUUACUGAUCUGGUGAGUUGACCUGUGUGUGUGUGUCUCCCACGCUCUCCCUCCCUCCCUCCCUCCCUCCCUCCCUCCCUCCCUCCCUCCCUCCCUCCCGCUCUCCCACGCUCUCCCUCCCUCCCUCCCUCCCUCCCUCCCUCCCUCCCUCCAGCCCUGUACUGCAGCACCCCAGACUCUCCCCUGCAGGGGUCCAUCAGCAGCCAGACUGGAGGUCACCUCAACAGCCUGGUCCGCUGGGCCUGUGACCGGGGAUUCCGCCUGAUAGGGAACAGUACCGCCGUGUGCAGGAGGAACCCCUACGGAUACUUCGCCUGGGACUCUCCCGUUCCCGCUUGCCAAGGUGAGAUCAGGGUGUUGAGGAAGGGGCGGGGGGAAGGGGGGGAAGGGGCAGGGGGCGGGGGGAAUGGGGCAAGGCUAGUUAUUAACUAUCUAAUUGGGACAUUAAUAUAGUAAUAAACCUGGCUAUAUUCAGUCCUAUUGUAGUCCUGAUCAGAAGUCACGACUCAUGAGUUGAAUUGCUCAAUACUAUAUUGCUGAAAUUUGACUAUAGUUUUCCAGGAAUAUAAUUCUCAUCCUGUUGUAUGUACUAGUGUGUCACAUAUAGAUGUAAAUUUCCAUAGUAACUACUAACACUCCGACUAGCUUUUUCUACAUGAAAUGUCAGACAAAUUGGAUACAUGAAAAGAGACAGAAUAUAAAUGUCCCCUCUUUUCAGCUCUUUUCCUAUAAAAAGCUGGGUUUUGUCUAAAGCUCCACUCAGUGAUUUAAUGUGAUUUGAUGCCACCUUACUGUCAGGCGCCAGAGGCUCGAGGGACACUAACAUGGAGUGACACCCAUAAUAUGACUACAUGGCUGUGUUUACACAGCCAGCCCAAUUCAGAUUUGUUUUCACUAAUUGGUCUUUUGACCAAUCACAUCAGCUCUGUAAAAGAGCUGAUGUGAAAAGAUCAUAUGUGAUUGGUCAAAAGGCGAUAGAGAGAGGGGAAAUAUAAGAAUGGGUCUAAUCAUAUUCUGUGGGGGGUAUGCUAAAACCUUAGAUAAAACAUUAUUGACUGCUUUUUGACUGUAGGAGUGACACUCACCAGAGAGUACUAUGGAAGAAAAAAACAGAAUAGUUUCACAUUUUCCUUAGCAGAGAGCACGCACACACACACACACACACGCACGCACACACACACACACACACACACAACACACGUAGCAUAGUUAUAAUCUCCACAGAGCCUCUGUUUGUUUUUGCUUACUCUUUCACUUUAUAAUUAGAAUUCACUUCUCCAGCUUUUCCCCACUACAAUAGAUCUAUUGUUAUAGCAAGAAGAAAUGAUGACAUCCACCUUAUUUAGAAUGACUUCUGACAUAUACUGAGUGACAUAGAGGUGUUCCUAAUGUUUUGUACACUACGUGUAUACAGCCACAAUUCCUGGUUUGUGUGUGUGUUUGGAAGAAGGUUAACCACCAAGCCCAUUUUGUCUUGUGGUCCCCUCUCCCAAAAACCUACACGGUAGAAAAACAAAAAUAACUCCUACACUUCCACCUCUGCUUGAAAGGGGACUGUGACGGAGCACUUUCUGUUUCUCUACCUUGUUUGUGUGUUUGCUCACACCAGCAUUUUGGUUUUGGUUUCUUUAUCUCUGUCAAAAAUGUGUUUUUCUGUAUGUCUCUCUCUCUCUAACAGAAGAGUUCAUAUAAGGUGACCCUUUGUCACUUUUUAAAGAUUGAGUGGGCACUACUUUGUUAGUAGAUAGUCAGUGCGGGAUGAGUGAGCAGCAAAUUAUUGUGUGGAAGUUGUCUCAAUGCUCAAUGCUCUCUGUGUGUUAGAUGAAGAAUGAACAGGAAGAUAAUCCAUAUUUUUCAUUAUAUGUUCUCUGUGUGUUAGAAGAAGAAUGAACAGGAAGAAAAUCUAUAUUUUUCAUUAUAUGGUCUCUGUGUGUUAGAAGAAUGAACAGGAAGAUAAUCAAUAUUUUUCAUUAUAUGGUCUCUGUGUGUUAGAAGAAUGAACAGGAAGAAAAUCUAUAUUUUUCAUUAUAUGGUCUCUGUGUGUUAGAAGAAGAAUAUGUGGGAGCAGAAUCUAUGUUCCUCACUGUACUGACUGUCUGUCAAUAGUGGUAUAGUCAGUGGGUCUUUGAGUGAGUAGUGUGAAAGGUCUACAGGCAUGAAUAGUGUUACUGUAUCUGACCAAUGUCAUCAACAGGCUUUGUGUUGAAACGGUUUGUGUUGAUCUCCUUGUGUGAGUUGUGUACUGUUGGUGUGUGUGUGAGACUGAGUGUGUUAAUUGAGUGCUCUGUAUGUGUGAGUUUGAGUGUAUCGCUGUGUGUGAGACUGAUUUGAGGGCGUGGUUUAAAUAGUGUGAUAACACUGAGUAUAAUUCCUUUGGGCGGAAUAAGCGCUGACUCUCCUCUCUUCCUCUCCUCCUCUCCCCUCCUCUCCUCCUCCCCUGGUCUCCCCUCCUCCUCCGCUGGUCUCCCCUCCUCCUCCCCUGGUCUCCCCUCCUCCUCCCCUGGUCUCUACUCCUCCUCCCUGGUCUCCCCUCCUCCUCCCCUGGUCUCCCCUCCUCCUCCCCUGGUCUCCCCCAUGGCAGCGGUGUCCUGCGGGGUGCCCAAGGCGCCGUUGAACGGAGGAGUGCUGACGGUGGACUACUCAGUGGGCACGCGCGUGACCUACUUCUGCAACGAUGGCUACCGCCUGUCCUCCAAAGAGCUGACCAGCGCCAUCUGCCAACCGGACGGAACCUGGAGCAACCACAACAAGAUCCCUCGUUGCUCAGGAGGUUAGGAGGUUAGUGGGGGGGGCGUGUCCCGAGUGCCCGCUGCCAAGUAGCAAACAGGGGACGGGGGGGGGGGGGCGGGAAAUGUGCCCGCUGCCAAGGUAGCUAAGUUUAUGGGAGGCAGUGGGGGGGGGGGGGGCUUUGACGAGGGCAUUUGUGCCCGUGCAAGGUAGUAACGUGGCGGAGGCUAGGGGGGGGGGGUGCGGGGCAUUUGUGCCGCUGCAAGUAGCAAAAGUUAGGCUGGGAGGCUUGGUGGGGGGGGGGGGCGUGUACGAGGGCAUUUGUGCCCGCUGCCAAGGUAGCUAACGUUAGGCUGGGAGGCUAGUGGGGGGGGGGGCGUUGUGAGGGCCCAUUUGUUGCCGCUGCCAAGGUAGCUGAACGUUAGGCGGGGAGGCCUUUAAGUGGGGGGGGGGGGGCGUGUAGAGGGCAUUUGUGGCCCGUGCAAGGUAGCUAGUUAGGUUUGGGAGGCUAGGGGGGGGGGGGGCUGUGAGGGCUAUUGGGGGGCUGCAGCACGGGACAGUGGGGGGGGUGUUUUUUGGUGUAGUGGGGGUGUGUGUGGGGGGGUGUGUGUGUGUGUGGUGUUGUGUGUGGUGUGUGUGUGUUUUGUGUGGUUUUGUGUGUGUGGGUGUGGGGGUUUUGUGUGUGUGUUUUUUUGCGUUCACCUCACAGCUCUCGGAGGGUAAUUACUCCCUAUUAAAAGAGUUAUCCCUAAGGGAAGAAAUCCCUCACUUUUAUGAGUGGAUUAGUCUGUAUUUUGCCAAAACAUUAAGUUAUUUCUCAUUAAGAUGCUUGUUUAAAAUGCCUGGCUGCCUCACAAAGCAGCGCAUAUGGAGGUCUACAGUUAACACAGAAAAUAAGAAAAAAACAUUUUAAUGUUCCAUCUUCUCCAUCUCAAUAAUGGAGAACUGUGUGGGAAGAAAUCUGAGGUUAUGCCAAUUAUCGUCUGACAGUAAGUCGCUCUGGAUAAUAAUGUCUGCUGGGUGCGCGUGCGUGCGUGGUGCACGUGCGUGUGCGUGUGCGUACGUGUGUGUGUGUGUUUCUGUGCAACAGUGGUGGUGUGCCCAAGCAUCGGCUCCUUCUCUCUGGAGCACGGGAGGUGGAGGAUCGUGAACGGCUCCCACUAUGAGUACAGGACCAAGAUUAUCUUUAACUGUGACCCGGGCUACUACCGCACAGGCCCCGCCCACAUCCAGUGCACGGCCAAUGGCGUGUGGAGUUGGAGGAAUGAAAGGCCACACUGUCAGAGUGAG